AAAAAAAAAAGGCCGCUGUUCCCGGACGGACAACGUCGAAAGGGUAAAAUAUCGCAUAUACUUGUUAAAAAUAAUGUAGGCCCGGCAGCUGUUGGACGGGCGUAAUGCUUUGCCGAACGGAUUUCCGAAAUGGACUAUGCGAACACUAUACACUGUCUACUGCCCUUCUUCCCAUGCGCCCGUCAUUUAUAUACGAGCUUGUCAUCGGCCGGCGGCGUUGCCCGUGUUUUCCCUAGCUCGGGUUAUCGGGGCGACAAAAUCAUUUUUACACCUCAUUUCGUUACCACGAUUUUUUUUAAAAAAAAGGCCUUAUAUAGGUUUAAUUCCGAAUAAUUGCGAGUAAAUUUUAUUCGAGUAAAAAUCUUUGGAGAGAAAACGGUAAUUUCUUCUGUAGAACUGAUUAUAAGUCUUAUGAACAGUUUUGUGAUUAUUAUCUAGAUAAAAAACUAUGUAAAAAUAAAACGUAUAAAUAACGGUGUUUCAUCUUUGAGCUAUUUAAUAAUAAAAUAUCGUAUCCUUAUGUGAUAAAAGUAAAUGCGUAACUAAUAAGUAGAUUCCAACUAUAGUAAAAUAUACCGUUAUUCCUUAAAAUUGUUUUUAUAUUAUACUAAUUUAUUUUCCAUAUAAUUCUCAUAACUGAUAAUUAUCUCUAUCUUUAUUUUAGAUAAAUGUUUAGUCAUUAUCUUAUCUAUCAUUUAGCUGAAAAUAUUGGUUAUCUUUUUCGACACACUGGUAAUAAGGUUAUAUGGAGAACUUUUUAGAGAUUUUUUUAUAGAAAUGAUAUUCCGGCCAAAAAUAUGUGAAUUACAAUUAAAUAUGUGAAGGGCGUGACACGUUUCACCCAAAUUCGAACUUUGCCAUUUCGCUAAAACAAUAAUAGUUGAAACAUAUAGAAAAUGAUUUUAAUCAUAAUAAAAUACAAAUCAUUAUUUUUAAAAUGUCUACUUAUGCGUUUUAUAAACUCAUACCUAAUUAUUUUAUAAAAAUCUAUAUAAAAUUAUAAGUUUUUCAUUAUAUUCUUGUAUAUCUUUCGGUUUUUGUUUUUGUUUUUUGAGGAAUUUCAACGCAAUAAGUCCUUAUAAAAUAAUACAUUUUCAAAUAAUUUUCUAUGUGUUUCAACCGUUAUUCUAAACGAUUACCAACAUAAUUUUAAAUAAACUAAAAUGUGUUUUAGCAAAACGGGUAUUUGAGUGCAACGGAAAAAGUCUAGUUAGGGCGAAACGAGUCCCAUCUAAGUUUCUUGUAUCUCCUAUUACCUCACACUCCGAUUUUCGGAGGAUACUGAAGUACAUUAGUUUCCCGUGGUAUUCUUCUCGGGGAGCUUUUAGUUUGGUUUAUGGAGAGCAUAUAAAUUAUUAUGUAGAUGUUAGAGUAUUUAUUGUGUUUUUAACUCUACAUAGAUAAUUUAAUUCGUUUUUUUUCUUGUGUAUGCUAGACAGCUGAAAGAAAUCAAAAUUUAACUAUCCCAAGUAUAAUUUCGAUUUUUUUCAGUGAGUUUCCAAUCUAUUAGCCAGCUAUACGUUCGAAGUUUCAGAUUUCCGCGUCCCGUACACAUGGAUACACUAAAUUAUAGUAUACGUUAUAACAUCGGUGUAAUAAUAUCCUCGAGCGUGUGUAGUACGUGUACGUUAGGGAAUAAAAUAAUAUAGGAAAGAAUACGCGCGCGAGAAAGUAUUAAAAAAAAAAAAAAAAACGUUCCAAGCCCCGAACACAACUGGCCGACCGGCUCCGGAAGUGCGAGUUCGUAAACAUUUGAUUAUCGGACCUGUAUACGGGCGUCCUUUAGAUAUACGCGACGACAAGGUUUACCGGUAUCCUCUUUCUCCACGGACUUUCGGUAUAUAGUCCGUGACAGUAAAUCAGUGGCCCUGGCCCGCAGUCUACUGCCCUCCCUCUGCAGCAGUACAGACAAAGCGGAAGUCGGGUUAAGGCACAACGACAUGAAUAUGUUAAUAAUGCUUCGACGACGACGGCGAAAAACCGAGCCAAAAUGUUUUCCAACUGCACCUGCGCCCACGCGAACGUUUUUGUAACCGCACCAGCAAUAAUAAUAAUAAUAACAAUAAUAAUAAUAAUAAUAGUAAUAAUAUACGCGUGUAUUAUAAGUAUAAAAAAAUAUUAUUAUUAUGCGUGCACAAGCAGUUUUUCAUUUCCGCGAGUCCGUGUCGUCUCUCUCUCUAUCUCUUUCCCUCUUGUAUUCGUAUUUCGUACAUUAUGUAAAAUAUAUUACAAUAUUUGUGUAAAUGCACACGUUAUACGCGUCAUUUGAUUAUUAUUAUACUGUUACCGUCCCCGAAACAGCUCGCGGUCCUUCGGCACAAUGCCAUUUUAAUAUUUUAUGCGAUAAAUAGCUAGUAGCACUCGUAUCAACACUAUUAUUAUUUUUUAUUAUUAUUUAGUUCAGUAUCAAACAUAGGCCUAUAAAGAAAGUACUGCCAGUUCCCCGUAUUAUGUUUAUAUGGUCCUUGUAAAACGAAAUUGUUAAAAAGAUACAGACAAUGUUUAAAAAAAUUAAAAAACAUAUAGAGUGGAGUCACCAACUAUAGUUAUCUUGAGAAUUUUUUCUCUAUUUAUAUCUGAUUUAAUCAAUAAUUAUUGAAAGAAAAAAUCAAUAAAAAGAACCAUAAAUACAUAGGUUAACCGGUAAACUUAGUUUGAAUAUCACAGUCUUAAGAACAUUAUGGAAUGGAAAUUUAGUAUUAACAUUUUAAAAUUGCAGUUUCCCGUUCUUUGGGACUAACGUUUAACUUUUAAUUUUUUUUUAUCUUACGCUAUCUAUUUUUUUGUAAUAACUGAUAUCACCAAAUAAAUUAAUACGAUAAUUUAUUUAAUUAAAUAUAAUUUAUUAGUGAAUGCGUGUAGAUUUUAAUAUACCGAUUACAAGUACAAUUAAACACACUUGUAAUAGCCAAUAGGGACCUUUAGUUUAUUCUUCUGUCACCUGCCUAAUAGUCCAUGGAGAUAUUCCGUCCAUGAUUGAAAUAUUCCCAUCAUAGAAAUAUUUUUCACCCACGUGCAUAAAAAGACCGACGACCACAGAUAUAAUUUAACAUAUAACUUAACCAUUUAAUUUCCAUGAUAUUGGAUUUUUUUUUUAUAAUAUCUCAAUGUUUACCUGUCUUUUUUUUCUUGUUUUUUUAAUACUGUUGAAACCAUAAAUCUUAUAACAAUAUAAUAAGUACAUAAACUACUUGUAUGACAAUGACAUUAUGAGAUGCGUAAAAACGGCUACAACACGAUUUAGCAAAAUUUGCGAAUGAGCUAGUACAUAUACACAUAAGCAGUACGACCUUUGUGAGGAGCACAAAGACAAUAUACAAAACAUCCGUAAUGUACUGAUAUUUUUUUUUCUUUCUUUCGUGGCGUGCGACUUUGUCAAUUAUAUGAAAUUAAUAAUUUGCAGUCGCGAUUAUCAUGUUUGUUAAGCUGCGGUUACAUGAUAAUAGUUAAUCGUUGAUAGUUGUCAUCAUGAUAACAUAAUAUGAUAGUUUACUUUCACUAUCACUGUCGUCGCAUGGUCAGAACAAUGUUUAUGCAUUAUUAUUCCAAUAUUGUCCUCCGGUAUAUCGUUCUCUCUCACACAACAUUGUCAGUGAAAACCACAAGCUGGAGGUAAUAAAAGUACAAUUCAUCUAUUUAUAUAUCUAUGUUUUCAGUACUAUUAAAAAUGUACGUUGCCCAUAUGAGGCAACUCCCUACAAUAUUAUUAUGAUAUGUAUACAAAUUAAGUACGUAUAAUAAUAUAUUAAUACUUUUUUUAUCGAAGAUUAUGACCCGACUAAUGAAAUUAGUUUAGUAUGUAAACUCAUAAUUUAAAUGGUGUGAAGCCGCAAUUUCUAUUACAUAAAAAUAGUAAAAUAGUAGCUUCAGUUUAAAUAAUAACAAUAUGAUGGGAUAACGAUCACGACAAUAAUUAAUAUUAUUGUACAGAUCUAUUACUUUUAGCAAUAUGUAAUUGCACAUAUUUUAUUUUUAUACGGUUGCACCGUGAAAUGAUUUUCCAAGUUUUGCUAGCCGUCCAUUACAGCGUGAUAUAAAUUGUUAUAUCAGUACAUUGUAUUUCUGGUUGCAACAUUAUGUGAAUUGCUACCGAAAAAAAUAUAAUAAUAAUAAAUAACGCGCUACUGUAACGUCACUACAAAUUGUGCGGUACUAUUCCGACCGCUGAUAAUAUUUUUUUCAAAACGGUACGAAAUCUUCAGUGACCUAGGUGCGAUAGGUUCCUAGUCUUUACUAGUGUACAUACUUAUAAUAGUUAUUAGGUAUAAUCGCAGGUGACGAGAAGAUGGUUAAGAGGGGAUGAGGAGGUCGGGGAUUUAUUCACCAAAAUAAUAGUAUAAUAACUAUAAUAAUAUCUAAUGUUCUAAAUCUUCUAUAAUAAUAAUAAUAAUAAUACAAAAUAGUUUCAAACGGAUAAAUAAUAGCCAAACCGAUUUUGGCGAAGUUUCUUAUCGCGGACGUUUUGCGUGCUCAAAGUUUGACCGUACUGCUAUAUAAUAUUUCGAACGGAUGUCUAUACUGUAUACGUCUAUAGGUAGUAUUAUAGUAGGUAUAAAAGUUUACAAUUAAACGUUAAAAUAAAAACAAAUAAAUUUAUUAAAUUAUAAAUAAUACCCGUUAUGAAAGUUAUAUACAUUUUUUCGGUCUUCGCAGUCGUAGAGUUGUGUGUUCGAAACAAUUUUGUAGUCGACAAAAUUGAAAAUUGUUUUGUCCGGACGCAAUUUAUUUAUUGUGGCGAGGGUACCUGCCUAUAUUUUUCGCGUUCCAAUUUUCGGCCGCAAUCAGUUGACCAAAUUUAUAUUGUUUUGGUAAACGUAAACGCACGAAUGUAUUGUUAUCAUAAUUAUUAUUCGCGAAGCUCUUGAUUUCGUCGAUGUUUUAUUUAUUUAUUUUAUUUUAUUUCGUGAGAUUCUAUACAGUCGCGAAUAUUUCAACAGCACGUAUCUCGUAGACAUUACCAAAUCGGUAAUAGAAAUAAUACCGAUAUUAUAAUUAUUACAGAAUCGGUUUCGGAUAUUUUUUUGUUCUAUAUUGUUUUUCUUUUUGUUGUGGAUAUUCUUUAAAUCACGAAAAUUAUCACGCUACUUUAUCAAAACCUUACAUCAACAUAAAGUAUUUAAGCCAAUAGUACGUGACAAUAGUUGCAUUGCGGAGAAAUAACACAUUUUAAAUAAUAUAUAAUUAGUGCGAUAUACAAUGUUAACUAACGUUAGGUACCGAUGUUUAACUAAAUGUGAUUAAACAGUUUAAGUAACGUCUUUUGAACGUACUGUUAAACUACAAAAAUUGAGAUACACAUUGUUGCGGCAUAUGAGAGAAUUUGGAAUUUUUAAUGUUUUUAAUCGCAUUAUAAAUAAUAAUUGCCACUACCUACUGAAAUAAAUUUAUAUAUUCCGAUACACGGUUAAAAUGAUAACGAAAGCCGUGCAAUUUUCUUUAUUAGAAAUUAUUUAUUAUAGUCUUCGGAAUGGAAAAUAAUAUCGUUAAUAUCGUUUUAGCUGUUUAUCGCGUAUGUUAUUAUUAUUUAUUUAUUUACAAAUAAAUAAAAUAAUAAUAUUAUGCACAUUAUUUCGCCAAACUGUUUAAUUAAUCCGAAAAAUAAACGAAAGACCGAUUUUUCAAUACUGCCAUAGGUACGCUUUAUUAUUAUUAUUUUUUUUUUUUACGCAGGUACACGAACAUAAUAUUAUUAUUCAAACAAGUUUCGUAGUAAAUAUUUUUCCCGAAAACUUUUUCAUAUUCCCCGUAGAUGAAAAAUGUUAAUUAACGAUUGGGGGUGGGAUGGGAAUGUAGGUUGGGCGAAAAACCACGUAGUGCCUGUUAAUUAUUAUGCCCCACGCUGUAUUAUAAUAAUAUAUAUUCAUAAAAAAAAAAAAAAUAAUAAUAAUAAUUUUAAUAAAACCGAAACAUAGUGAAACAUUAAACACGCCAUGGAAGAUUUUUUUUUUUAUGGAUAUUUUCCACGAUAAUUAGUAUCAUGGCGUUAUAGCACGCGGUUUUAUCGGUUUGAAACUAACAACCACACGCUUUUACGGGAAGAUUAUACACAACAAUUUGGCCUAAAAAUAUACAGCGCGUUAUAUAAUACGUAUAUAUAUAUAUAUAUAUAUAUACAGGUAUAAUGCGAUUUUUUAUCGUUUUUAUCUAUAGUCGUUAAAACAAAGUACAUAGACAAUUAUUUCUAUGCGUAUAUAUCCGCUCCGCACCAUAGUAUUACAAAUACGCAGUUAACAAAAAAAACGCAAAAACAACCGUUAUUAUUGGGGAAUAAUAAAAAAAAGAAUCGUCUGAGAAACGAAUGAAUAACACGUUUGCUAUUUGAAGAUAAAGAUUAUAUUAUACCUACCGUAGAUUAGUUUAGAGGACGACACACGUCUACGCGUCCCACAGACGUGUGUCGGCGUAUCAAAUUCGGGUACGACAGAAUCGAUUUUGCGCUGGCUGUUUUCUAUUUUAUUAUCAGAACGAAUUGCCCUGUUAUCGAAUUUGAUAACAGAGCAAUUCGAAAAUUAUCUGCGUCUUUGUACAUUUGUUUUUUAUUCUUAGUAUAAUACUUUAAUACAUUAAUAACAACACAGACAAUAUUCUUACCAUUAAGUUUGAUAAUAGUCAACUCUCUGUUUUAUUAAAACAAUAACACCAUACAUUUGGUUUUGUUGAAUACAAACUUUAUAAUAUGCCGCGCGUUUAUAUAACAGAGACGAUAAAAAAUAAUGAGCGUCUUUUUAAGGGAGUUGGAAAAGGUUUUUCAAAUUUUGUAAAAUUAUUUUUACCUUUAAAUAAUACGACUUUUUAUUAGUAUUCACUAAAUAAUUUACUGUCCAAUGAAUAUAGUACUUUUAUAUGUACUACUACAUAGUAUUUUAGAUUCCGAUCGUAGUGAGGGAAAUAUUGGUUUUACAACGUUGUUUAUUUAUUUAAAAAAAAUGAUUUAAUCGAAAAAUCACAAGAUAUCUUUUUGUGUUGCCUUUUUAAUUUACUUUCUUACGCUAUCAUCGUCAAAACUUUUGAGCCACUAUUGAGGUUUUAAGGAAUUUUAAUUUUUGGGAGUUUUUUUAUUGUAGUUCGGUUAUAAAUAUAAGUAAACACUCGCAACUUGGUAUUAACAAAUAAUAUUGAACUUACGUAGACGUGGUCAAAUUUCCAAAAUCAUCGGACGAAGUUUUUUUUUUUUGAAUAAGCGUUUUGAAAUCAAAUUGAAAUAAAAAUCGCAAAAAAAAAUUAUGGAAUUUCAAAUUAUGUAUUACCGAACUGCGCUCGGAAUCGUCUUUCGUCAAGCAAUGGUUUAUCGUUACUUACAGAUAUAAAUAAAAUAACCUCAUGUAUUCUAUCUUUCCAACUUCUCACCUACAACAGUGGCUGCACCCGUCCUCAGUAUCAGCUCUUUUUUUUUUCAUUGUUUAAGAGGAAUAUGUAAGACUGUUUUGACUGUUAAUAUGACGUUUCAGACUAAUGGUCUGGAGUAGAAUUUAUUCACCAACACUCAAUAAAUUGUAAUUUUGAAAAAAUAUUUGAAUUCUUUGAUUUCUCUUGUUUAUGUUUUGUAGGAAACUUUGGUUCGUUUUUAUUUUGUUAAUUUAAUUUAAGUAAGUAGACAAUGAACUUGUUUUAUUUUUUUCUUAAAAUAUAAUUGAAGCCUUAGGUACCUAUAAUAAUACGCGUGCAAGAAAAGAAAUUAAUAAAUAUUAAUAAUAUUCGUCCUAUGAAACAUAGAAAAAAAUCUACAAAGUCAAAAAAUUUUUCCAAAAAAAAAUAUUUAAUUACUAGAAUUACGUUAAUUUCACUCUAGCUUUUGGUCUAAAUAUGUGAAAAAACGAAUCGCUUUCAACUGUGUAAAAGAAAUUCGUACUGGAACAGAGAUUCCCUUAUCUUUCUUUGUUAUACACAUACAUAGUAUAUCAAUUUAGACCAGUUGUUUAUCCGUUAGGUAGUUCGAUCGAUGUAUUGAAGCAAUAAGAAUUUUGAAAACUGAUAUAAAUUCAACGUGAAGAUUACACGGCUACCCCAAUUUUUUCAAAUUUCAAUUCUUAAUUUCUAAAAAUUUAGAAAUUUAGAAAAAUAUGUAAUAAAAAGUUUAAUUUAAUUUUAAAAAAAUAACCUGUUUGAUCUUGUAUACAGUUCACAUUUAGUUAAAAUUUGUUUUUUUUUUUAGAAUUCUAAUAGCUUCACUGCAUCAAUCAGUUUGAUUGAUAAAAAAUUGGUCUAAAUCACUAAAACUGCGUACAUAUAUUAUGUAUUCCAAAGAAAAAAAAUAUCGGUAUCAAAUCCCCUUAAGAAUUUUUGAAAAAAAUCAAUGUGUUUUGUUUCAGUAACCGUAUUGUAAUAUAUUAAUAAUAACAUUAUUGUAUUUUAUCGGGUUUAGUUACCUACUCGUCGCGAUGGUUAUUAUUCAAACUUUUACAUAAUAUUAUUAUAUUAGUUCGAUAGGUCGUUCGGUAAACUAUUCGGAAAAGUAUUCAAUUUACCCGGAUAGUGAAUCGCUAAAGAUAAUAAUGGCGGCGGAGGCGAUUGUUUCAAAGUUAACAUUUUAGGUAUAGCUAUAAUACACCCACACUACGGAGGGUUCACAUAUAUACUAAAACCGAUAAAAUUUGAAUAAUAUAAAUCCAAAUUGUUCGGGUUCGGAUAAUUAUAUUAUAACAUUAUAACUUACACUCCUUUAAAUUGAGUUCUCGCGCACUUUGAUAAUAAUAUAUAGGUAGUCGAUUAUUUAAUAAUAUUCGUGAAACCAAGAUUUCGAUUGCGACGUAUAGAUACGUGCUAUAUGGUUGUUUGACAUUGAUUUAGUCAGUGCAAAAACUUAUAUUGCGGAUUAACCGACAAAUUUGGCGUCUUACCGGACAAACACCAGAGUUACCUCGAAGUAAGAUUAAAUUCUACUUUUUACGUGAUGUACACUACUAUUUUUAACAGUAACUCUGAAAAUUUAUCAAUUUUGUUAUCUGUAUUCGAAUGGAUACGUGUGCACGUAUACUUUCCAACCUAAACUUCCCUUAACAAUAUUCUAGUUAAAGUUGCAUUUAUUUUAUUGAAUACUUAUUAUAAAUUAUAUACACAUAGUUAAAUAAUUAUAAACAAUACACGUAUACCUUUAAUAUAGUCCCAAAAAUAAGGGGUUGCGUUUGGUCCACUAUUUUUGGAGAAAAAAAAAUCGAUUUUGGACCAAUUAAAAAAUAUUUAAAUUCCUAUUGUAAUCUAAAUUUUAAAAAAAGAGCUGAUACUGCUGAUGGGUACGCCACUGAUGUAAAUAAGAAGUUGGGAAGGUAGGAUACCCAAAAUGAUUAAAUUUAUAUCUGUAAGCAAUGAUAAAUCAUUACUAACGAACAACGAUUCUGAGCAAAGUUCGAUUAUACAUAUUAUAAUGAAAUAACUUAAUUUUUAUGACUUUUGUUAAAAUUUAAUUCACUUAUAGAAACUCUGAUAGAAAAAUUUUGUUUUAUCACCAAGUACACCUUAUAAUAAACUUCGUGUUAAAUUUUGUCAAGCAUUUCUGUUUGGUUAAACAAUUUUAUCCACGUGGUAUCUACCAAAUAAAACUCAAAAAAAAUUCGAAAAUAUAAAGUGCCUGUAAAUAACACAAAAAUCCUAUUUAAUCUUAAUCCUAGUUCUAUAAUAAUAUUCACUGUGGUCUGUUUUUGUACGCUAAAUCGUACUCGUUUCAAGAUAAAUAAACAGUUUUUCGACACGAGGGUUUUAUGUUCAAUAAUAUCGCCUCUUAACAGCGACAUAAUAAUUAAUUUAAAUGCCUACGACUCGGGAAAACAGAAAUAAUGUAUUAUUACGCUGAAAAUCUGGUGAAGCUAGUUUCGAUUAAUGCGCACGUUGCAAAAAUGAUGGCUAUUAUAAAAUGCUACUCGGUUUCAUUAUGGCAGAAAACAUGUCCAUAGCGUUGUUCUUUAUACUGGUUCGUAAGUAUAUAUAUAAAUUCUAUCCGAGAAAAAAAUAAAAAACUAACGUUAAUAUCUGCAAAUGACUAUGAUGCAAGAAUUGUGAGGAAAAAAUUAUUAUUACUUUUUUUUUUUAAACCAUUCACCGAACUUGAACACUGCAUUUAUACACUGCAGCAUGUCGUGUAUACGAUAGCAAGCAUAAUAUUAGUUCUGUAUUGCAGGUACCUAAGUUUUAUGCGGCAUAAAAAAUGUCGAGGAUAAAAAUACUUUCAUUGAACAAACGCAGCGUAUACUUAUGUAUUUAUAUAUAUAUAUAUAUAUAUAUGUACUCGUAUAUAGAUUUUUUUUUAUUAAUAAACAAAAUAUAGUUCAGUAUAUAGGUAUUAUGUGCGAAAAAAAUAGAAAAAAUAAUAUCGAACUGAGGUAUAUAUAUAUAUAUAUAUAUAUAUAUAUGUCGUAUUAAAAAAAAAAAAAAAAUAAAAAAAAAUAUCGCUUAUAAUAAUAUUAUAAUAUCGCUCGCGCCGGUUUAUUCGAAUAAUAAUAAAUAAUAAAAAAAAAGUAUAAUAUUAUGAAAAAAGGAAAAAAAAUAAAAAGCCUCACGUAAAUUGUAUUAAUCUCUAAUUAAACGCACAAUGACGGUGACGCUGUGGGGGUCGUUCUCGCCCAUCCCGUCGGGGAUGCUUUUACUAGGGCGAUGAUAAAUAUUUUUUUAUAUUCAACUCGAUUUCCUUUUUAUUUGGUUUUUACCCGCCACCGUCGACGUCUACAGCUAAUUCGUGUACCUAUAUACUGUACCUACCUAACCUGACUAUAACUAUAUACAUCCUACCCUUUAUCCUAUUAUCAUAAAACGGUGGCUGGGAAAAAAAAGCAAUAUAAAUAAUACUUACCAAGCAAUAAUCGCGGAUGUUUUAAUUGGAUAACGGGGGAAUCCUCGUUAUAGCGAGCAUAUUACUAACACGUAUACGACCUCGGCACUACGUUGUUAUCAUUGGCUAGUUUGAACAGCGCAGUUAAACUACGAACUCCGACUUGCCGAUACAAAAUAGUUUAUUGAAAUAGCAUGUUAUCAUUAUAAUAGCGGUAGUAUAAUAUUGGUUCGUCUCAUGCGGCCUUCGGCCGUCUCCAUUCUAUUGCUUCGCGAGCUUAAUCGAAAAUAAACUCCGAUUUGUUGUAUAAAACCACGUUGGGCGGAUAAUAAAAGGAAAAACGCGCAAAUUGAUUGUCCGGUUGUCGAAUUCGAAGCCGAACUCUUGGAAUGCAUAGACGCCGUACUUGCCUACCAGGACACUAUCACCGCAUGGUUGAUGCCUACGUAUUUAAAAUAGUUAAUGUCCUCAAACCAGCCAACGAGAUCAGUACAUUCGAAUACAGGUACCUAACCGAGUAUCGAAUACCUAACCGAGACUAUGCACAUUGUGUUAAUAUUAUGCUUCUGGUGGCGUAGGCACUGCUGCCGUGGAGGGUACCUACCGGUCAUUAUUGACGAGCCCGUAAAUGCCAAAGAUCCGGUGGACUUUUCAAUCACAUCGACCUGUUGUAAUAACAUUAAUUUUUUUUGAAAUCAGAAAGAUGUGUAUGUGACAUAAUUGGAAUUUUUAUAUGUGUAAUUUGUCGUUGAAAAAAAAAAAAAAAAUAUUUAUGUAUAAUAUAUUGCUGACCAGUGACCGUGCUUGGAUUGUUGUCGCUUAACGCCGACGUACAUGAAUCGAAUAUCAAAUAAAUACACGAACCGGUACCGCACUGGUAGACAAACACACCAGAUCCGCGGUGUUUACGGGUUCGUGUCGUUAUUGCAGUGUGCGUGUAUAUGUAUUCAUUUGAAAACCGCCUCCCGCCUAAUGCGAUCCCUACGGCGAGUGCGGGGGACGACGACGUUGAUUUACAGACGCAAACGGUUGGCCUGCGUGUUGCUGCCGAACACGCGAUAAUGUACGAUCGACCGGAAUCCGCCUUAUUGUCGUGAGAAUGAUAAUAACGAUGUUAAGUAUACCGAAGUAAAUAAUAGGUACGUAACCGCAGUAACCGCAUUAAAUACGCCGCGGUCGUAAUCGGACGGCGCGGCGGUGUCGUAUUUAAUUAGCUCCGAAACCCGGGCCCGGUGUGAUACGGUAAUAACCGCGAUGAUAAUGAUGUUUGAUGGUGAUAAUAGUAAUAACGUAGAAGAAAACGGCGAAAAACGGUUUUCGACGCGCGUGCCAAUUACAGCGCCGGAUGGGCAUCACGAUAAUAUGGUUUCGGGGGCGUGUAGUUUCGACGAAUCGGCUAAAAUAAAGACAAAUGUUUAAAACCGUUGACAUACGAUAACAACGAAUAGACUAGGACGACGAUCGUUUUAAGGCGCGGCGCAUAGGGCACACAAACGUAUGGUGUAUGGCGUAUGUUUAAUGCGUGCGGGAGAGAAAGUCGACGAUCGCAGUAUUUUUCAUGGCGGUGAAAUAUUUUGUAUGGUUUUUUUCAGCGUGAUUCCGAAAUACGUGAGUGGACAAAAGCACCGGUGAUCUAUACGGCUCGAAUAUUAAAAGCCGCGCCUCGGUCGAUCCGUUAUGAUUCACGAGUCAUCAUGACUGAAUAACUAUCACGCUCGCGUGAUAUAAAUUUAUCGAUUCAAGGCGUAUUAUGAGCGUAAAUAUUCCUUGGUAAAUCCGCAAACGUUGUUCGUAUUUUGACUACGCGAUUCAUUUAUAAUCGUUCCCGGGCUAUUUAUCUUACGUUCACGUUCAAACCUGUUAGUUUUCGCUUAUUCCGAGUGAAACAACCGUAUUAAAUAUCUGUACUAGAUAGGAGAAUUAAUUGUGAGCCUACGGCCACAAUCAAACGUGCGUUUUUGAGUUGCGAAAAUUGUUUAUUUCAUUAUUUAUUAUACUUUGUCCGAACUAUUCUAAUCGAAUUUGAAAUCAUUACAAUUAAAAUUCUUCUUUAUUCUACGUAGGUGAAGGCCCGCUACUUUUGUUCUUAUCGUUCACAUCUCUCCCUAUCGGCAAUACCCCACAUCACACGAUCUCAUAUUAUCUUUACAUUUUUUCCAAUAACCUCUAGUCACUUUUUCUUUGAGUCUCACCUCACCUUAUCGUAUCUUAUUUCGACUAUCAGCUAGCAUUGUUUUUCAUUAUCUCUGUCUAUUAUAACUGUCUCAAUUUAUUUUCACUGAUUUUUCCUGCUUUACCCAUCACUCCUAGACCAUCUAUUAUUCUUAUCCUAUCCAAUCCGGUCACAUCACAGGACCACGCCUCAGUACUAUAAUUUCUGUUGAUUUCAUGAUUGUUUUUUUAAACGUUUUCAUUUCUUUUUUUUUAUUCAAUGUCCACAUUAUCUACUGUUAUAUUUAACAGUUUGAAUUUGCUAUCAUACAGAUAAUCAAUAAUAAACUCAUUCAUUCAUUGAAAACUACAAUAGACAAUACUUCACCACAGUGAUAAUAUACGUUUACGCAUUAAAGGUUAGGUUUAUACUGCGACGAUGACGUAAAAAGACGACGAAAGUAUAUUAUUAUUGCGGCGGGGAUUCGUUGAGAUCUUAUCGGAAAACGCCCUGUGACCAAACCCGAAGAGAUAAUAUCGUUCGCCGGAAUCGGUCACGUACACGACUCGGGAAUAUUUUUAGCUCUUAACGACUACCGAGCGAUUGUAUCUGUAUCUAUAAUAAUGCGUAUACAGUGUUCCGGGUGGCCCGGCCACUCAUUUUCUAACGCGGCACGGUCUCAUCGUGGGCACCGGUUUAAUGUAACGACGGCAUUUCACUAUAUCAUUCGGCCGCCACCAGAUGAAAAUGUAAAAUUGUUUUUUCCAUUUUUAGGAUUUUUUUUUUUUUUGUCCAUAAACGAUAAUGAUAAUUAUUUUUGUUUAAAAAAAAAAAAAACUAUCAGAUUCACUGAAAAUAAUACCGUUCAACUGUAGCGAUAUUCUAGUAUAAUUUACUAUUUUGGAUUCCGAGUGGGUUAGUGAAAAGUGAAGAAAAUAUUUUGGUUAUUUUGUCGUUAAACCAACGUUUGUUUCGUGAAAAUAUACCGAAAUAUUCAUAUCGUAUUUAAAAAAAUGCAGAAUUUUGCUUUGUGAUACUAUAUUUUACUGAUUUGUCUAAAUUCGCAUUAUUUGUGCAAACAAAUGUGUAAGUUAACCCAGUUUAACGGGCUUCGGUUGUCUGUUUAUUUGAUUUUUAUUAGCACUAUUUACCGGACGAAAUAUGGUCAAAUCUACUUUUUCAUAUGUUCACCAACAGUGGCCUAUACCUCGUAAAAGAUUUUAAUAGUUAAAAAGUUAUGAAUUCUGUUUUUUUAUAGCACUCGAGGGAUAAGGACUAUAGAUAUUAUUGUAUUUGAAGGAUAUAUUUAAUUUUUGGUGAAAAAUCUAAAAAAAAAAACUUUUUGAUAAAUUUGAAGAUAGCAAUUUGUUAUUAUUCAGAAAAUUUUGACGUUUCAACUUUUUUUUCAUUAAAUUCGUGGUUUUUAAUAAUUUGUUAAAGUUCAGUAAAAAAAAAUAUAGGCACAGUCAAUUAUUAAUUACUAAUUAGUCCUGUAUAUAGUUGAACUAAAAAAAAAAAUUUCAGAUAUUAAUAUGCUUAGUUGUUACUUUUAAUAAAUAAUUUAAACUUAACUUCUUUGUUAAAGUUUAAGUUUGUUCUAAAAAGUUAUUUAUGAUUUAUUGUAUUAAAAACUGUGUACAUUUGUUUUUUUUUUUUUAUUGUUUUUUUUUAAAUCGAAAUUGUGUACUAAAAUAAUAAAUAAACAUCACUAUCACAUAAUAAAAUGAGCAUCGAGCCUAUGCGAUUGCUAUACGAAUCGUGAAUAUUAAAUGAAUCGUAAAUAAAUAUUACCGUACAAAAUACGUGUAUGUGUGUAGCUAAAGGCAAUUUUAAAUAAAUUACUUUUAAAUUAAGUUAUUUUUUAUUUUGAAUACAUGUGAUUAUACUUAUUUACUCAGCCAUUUAUAUUUUAAAAUUAACUUUGAUAUUACAUAGUGAUUUUAAUUUUAUUAUAGGAUAAUUUAUUUUUUUAAACUAGAGACCGAAAUUUGGUUAACUUCCUCAGUUUUUCCAUGGUACAGGGAAUAAUAUGUCUAGAUUUUGAAUUUUAUUUUAUUAGAGAAAAAAAAUAAAAAAAAUGUAUGAGUACCUAUAAUAUAGGUUAAUAUAGGUUCUAUAUUAUACGUUACACAAUAUUAUAAAAUUACGAUUUAUAUGCAAACACUUUUCCGAGAGUUUGUAUUUGUUGAUGUUUAUCGAGUAUUAAAAUAAAUACUUUUAGCGAUUCUCAUAUAAAGUUUGAAAAAUUAACCUAAGUUGGUAUAAAAUAAGUAUUGUUUAUGAAAAGUACAUAUUUGUCGAAAGUACUUAUUUAAUCUGUAUAUAAGUAAUCUGCGUUUAUUAGUGCUCAAAUAUUAUAUUUUCAUUGAGUAAUAUGAAAAUAGGUCAACUUAUAUAAUAUAUGUGUGCGUUGUAAGUUAUGAUGUUACUAAGUUUAUAGGGCAAACAAUUAUAAAAAAACUAUUUCGAGAAUGAAUCUUGUAUUAUCAUUUUUAAAUUCCUUGAUAUUAUUUAUUGGUAUAUCGACUACGAGAGUUUUUUAAAGUCCGAUCCUCGAGGGAUUUUCAGAAAAAAAAAAUUAAAAGUUUAUAUUAUCAUAAUGCAAUGAUAAUUUUAUAUUAUAAUAGUAAUAAACUUUCGUACUAUAUUUUAUACGUCCGUCAAUAAGAUCGUCACUUUGUGAUUUUUGGCCCCAUUGCAAAUGUUGAGUUGAAAAAAAAUAAAUUAUAAUAUUACAGUAGGUUCUUAUAUAACUUAUAGAAACUUGUAUAACAUGUAUGCACAAGGUUAGAUAAUAUAUUUGAUUUAAGUAUCGUAUAGAUGCAAUUGUAUCUUGCCUCUUGUAUCUUAGAUAAAAUACUAUAAAAUAUCGAAUUUCUAAAUGUGCUCAUUUUAAAGUAAUUAGCCUAUAGGCGCCUAAAUGGGAGAAGGUGAGUUCGGUUAUUUUCUUUCCUGAAUUUUCAAAAAUACAUUUAAAAAUGGAUUGUGUCUGCACAAAAAUAGAAGGAAUUGUUGUGAAUCUUGAAAAAUAUGUCAAAUAAAUGUACCACUGUCAUUUAUUUACGUGAAAAAAUCAACUUCAAUGUAUUGAACAUCUAGGUAGUAUUCAAAAUUUAAAUAUAUACAAUGUAAGCAGCAUUAUGUAUAUCUUAUAUUUCAAUAUAAGCGUCUAGCAUAUAUUAUUUUGUAUUUAGAAUUCUAGAUACUAGAUAGACUCGUAGAAAAUCAAUGUAUCGAGUUAUUAUUACUUAUUUUAAAGUAUCUUCUACAUCCCUGCAGUAUGGAGAAUAAUUUCAUAACGUCAUAUUAUUUUAUUAUAUAUGUCAAGGGUCUUUAAAUCUUGUCAAGGUUAUGCGUCGACAUUUUUAUGGCGUAUUGCAAUAAAAUGUUUAAAUGGACAAAGUUUCGAAGACUUAUUUUUAUUUCUAUUUUGUUUUUUUUUUCCGAGGUGCAAUGAGAACCGAUCGGUUUUACGGCUCUCUUUUUUUCAAAAGGAUAAUAAUCUCAUCUCUGUAUUUUUGGCGACCAAAACCAUUUAUUUUUUCCGUUUUAUUGCGAUACGGUAUUUUGUUCAUUUCGAAGUAUAGGUACUAUUAUUACCACCGUGUAAUUUUCACUUCCUCAUCGUCACGUAGCCCGUGCGAUUACUAAUGACAUUUUCUCGUUAUCGUUUUGAAUUUCACACGAUUUUAUUACCCACUUUUUUUUAUAUAUAUUUUAAGGCAUAUAUAUAUCGGUUAAUCGUAUUGACUUUUGUGCUACAUUUAUUAAAACCAACUCAACCGCAUAAUAUAUCCAAUAUAUUAUUAUAUUUUUUAAACUCCAAUACUCGGCGUCCCUCCCUUAUCAUAGAUAUUAAAAAUAUGGACAGCCCGUACAUUUUUAUUGACGAUUUCGAACAUAAGGAUUUGAAAAUGAGAUUUUUUCUAGCCGGACAGGUUAUACAUAUGUAACAAUUAUAUUUUGUUAUUCACAGAACGAAAUAUGAUACUAGAAUUUAAAAUUGUAAAUGCAGUUGCGUUAACACAGCAGUGGUGUAUUUGAGGAGAAGAGAAGGUUCAAUUUAUUUGUAUAGGUAGGUAAUAUAGCUGAUGUCUUCAGUGUUUAUAAUACGAUCACAUAUUAUAGUUUUCGUUUUUUUUUUUUUUUUUUUAUCAUAUAUAUUAUAUUGGCCAAAUAUUUAAUGAUACCAUGAUCUUAAGUAUCUCUACUUAAACGAUGUCCCAUCAUUAGAUAGCGGAUAAUUGAUAACGUGACAGUUCAUUGCGGUCAAUUUAUAGGGUGUAAAUUGAUCGCGAGUGACUUUUCAUAAUAUGACAAUUUGUCAUACUAUGACGGUAGCGUCAUAUCGAAUAAAUCUAGUAAAACGAAAACCGAUAAAAUAUAUUUGUGUAAACUAAAUAUAAUUAUCUGAAAUAAUAUUAGAGAUAAUGAGACUAUUAUGUUAUACUAUAUUACGCUCAGUUGCUCAGUCGGUAUAACACUGUACAAUAGUACUACAUCUAACAGUUACCUAGCAGCUAAAAUUUUAAAAUGUCUUUAAAAUAUAUUAAAAGUGAAAGGGGAUUAAAUAUAUUAGUUGAUGAAGGUUUUCUGUACCAUUUAAAAAAAAUGGAGUAUAAAUGACAAUAUGGAGAUGCGUUCAUUUUAAAAAUAAAUGCCGAGGCCGCGUUCAAAUAAGUUUUAUUAGCAAAAUUUCAAUUGUAAUAUUUAUCACUAUAAUAAUUUGUUUAAUAACUGUUUGGUUUUAGAAUUCGACAUUGCGCUACAAAUUAUCCUACUAUGAAAAGUCGCUGGCGAUAAAUUCGCAUGAUGCAUAUCCUUACUUAAACGCUUCUCUCGGUACGAGGUCCCAAGUGUAAGAAUAUGGGAGUGGAGUGGCCUAUCCAUAUUCGUAUUAUUUUUUAUUCAUGUAUGUCGAAUAUUAUUAAUUUUUAAAAAGUUUAAGAAAAUAUUCAUUAAAUCGCCUUUUUGUCUGAAAUUUCGUAUAACGCGAAUACAAACAUUGUUCACAUAAGUUUUGUUUUUCGACUGCCCAUUAGGCCCAGAAACUCGAUUAAAUUUUAUUCAAUCCCCGAAUCGGUUUCGAACAUUAAAUUCGGAAUCCGCACAAAGUCGAAUUCAACAAUAUUAUAAUACACUUUCGAUGGCAUUAUAAUAAUAUGCAUAAAUAGAAAAAAAAUCUCGCCGCACCAAAAGGACUGCAUCUGCGGGUCAAAAAGUUUACUCUCCUAUAGAUACGCGGUAUAUUCUUAUAUUACGGUCGUGAUGGUUGGUUUUUUUUUACGAAUUUAUCGUUUUGUUUUUCUCAAAAGUUUGUUAUUCGAACAAAAGAAAACACUGUUUUAAGACACCGAGCAUACGACGGAUACGUCAGCAAUACCAUGGUGGCGGUGGAAAGAUAAAAUACCGGAUGUCGUAUACGCGAACGGAUAUGAAAUCUUUAUACUAACGUGCUUCUAGAUUUUUAGCAACUGAAUUCGACAUUGUUUUUCGACAUGAGAUUUUCGGUACAUUUAGCUAUACGAGCAGUGUUGUAUGAAAAUUCCUUUUAAAAUAUCUAUAGAUAAAGAUAAGAUACAUUUUAGUAUAAUUAUCCAGACGAAGAUAAAAUAUAGCCAGUACACGCCAGUCUAAUUAUCGAAAGAAAUAUUUGCCUAGAUAAAGAUAAAUAAUAUUAGAAAAAUGUAUCUAAAAAAAUAAAAUAAAAUUCUGUUUAGAAAUAACCUAUGAUAAAACAACGUGCUAAAUGUUAUUAAAAAUGUACUUACCUGAUUUGGUACACUUCUUUUGCAUAAAUGUCGUGUGAUUCGUGCAGCUUAAUAAUCAGUGCAUUAAAUCGUAUUAUUGUAAAUAUUUUACUUACAUUUUCUAACAAAAGUAUAUUACUACAUAAAUUACGAUUUAUAAAGAUCUAUCUUGACGAUUCAAUUAUUUAUUUUAGAUAAAACGGUUCGGAUAACUUAUUUCUCGUUUAUCUAGAACAUUAAUCUAGAUACAGCCCUCUAUACGAGUACUCACACUUUACUAUAAUAAGAUUUCACCACAGAAUACAUAUAAUAUUAUACAAUAUAAUAGUGACUGAAUAAAACGACUAUAUCCACCAUAUUUUUAUUGUUAUUAUCAUUAUUUAAGAGUCAAUUUUCGAAAUAGAUUGUUUUCAAUUUAAUUAAUUAAUUAAUUUUUCGUCGGCCUUUACGAAACGAGUUUGGUUUAAAGUUGUGAAAUAAUAUAAAUUGUUUCGGGGUAUACUAUAUUAUAGAUCUACCGCUACUGUUACUACGCAUACUAUACGAGUAUUAUGUUAUAUUUUAAUUAAGCUGUUCAAACGUACCGCUCAAAGUCAUUAUUAUUUAUGAAGUUUAUAAAUAUAGUAUUAUUAUAUAUCGAGGUUUUUGUGAUUUCAGCUACGGGACGGGCCGUGUUUACCACUUCUACGAUAUUCGAAAAAUUUCUAUUAUACGUACCUAUAGAUUCGUGUAAAAAAUAGAUGUCUCAACCUACCCGGUAUAACAUAUAUAUUCUGAAAUAAUUUGAAAUUUGCGCUUGCGUGGUUAUAUUAUAAAUGUUGUUAUAUUAAGUUUUCAGUAAUUUUCCUUAUUUUAUGUUCUAAACAAUUUUUAUACGAUUUUCGUAACCACCGUCACUAUAUUAUUAUAUUAUUUUAGUUGAACUUUACGAUGUUUGUUUAUUAAAUUAUUGUUUAAUAUUCAAACGGCGGCGACGCUGAAUGUUUCAUACAAUUUUAAUUUCCCCGAGAAAUGAAAAGACUCUGCGUAUAAUAAUCAUAAUAAUAAUAAUAAUACGUGUAAUCUCAUUAUACGAUUCAUUGCAGUAAAAUCCUUCGUAUAUAUAUUUUAUGUUUUAUAUAUAUAUUUUUUAAACGUGUUUCAUUACGAAAAUCAAAAUAAUAAUAACCUGGAAAUCUUUUUACAACGAGCUGUAAAACAAACGCACUGAUAGAUGGAAAUUUGUGUUUCGUUGAGAAUAUUAUAUGAUUUUUAAUCCAGCGGUCAAAUAAACUGAACAAAUCUCGUAUUUAUACAAUAUUAUUACACUGCUGUAGUACUGCUAUGAUAUUUUUCGUGGAGGAAAAGAAAAAAAAUGUUUAAAAAUUUAAAAAAAAUCAACAAUGUUUAGUUAGGUUAACUUAGGAUAAGUAAGAGACCAUAUAAUGUACUAUAAUAAAAGGGCUUUGUUUUCUAGGUUAGUUAAUUAAUUAAUAAUUAUCAAAGAAUAAUUUUAAUUUUUUUAGGAAAUUCUUUUACGGUUAGUAACAAUUCUAUGAAUUUGCCAUGUUAUAUUUAUUAAUAGUUUUAUCUAACAAAUUGAUUUUUAUGUUAAUUGCUUUAUUUUUUUUUAUGUUUGCGGAAUUUAUAUUCGGUGCGAAGUACUUCAUUUUAAACAUGUCAAUAUUUCAUUAUAUUUGUUCACUUCUGGAUCACUAUUGGUGACGUCCGGCCAUCCCACUAAUAAAAUAUAGUAUAAUUCACCAACACAACAAUUUCUCGUGAGCAUUAUCAACGCUUUUUUUUUAUAUUAAAUCGAAUUAUUUGCCCGUCUUUAUUAUUAGACAUUGUUAGAAUAGCAAAUUUGAACAACGCCUGUUAUGUCUAUAAGCACCGUCAUUGACGGUAUAACAUCUGCAAUAUAAUGUUAGAGAACUUUUAGAUAAGACGUGAUAUUUAAUCCAUAAUAUACACUGUAUAAUAUUACACGACUAGCUGUUACCAGCUACUACUGAAUUAUUAUAAUAAUAAUAAUGUAUUUGCGUUUAUUAAGUUGCGGAGCUCUCCGACCGGCCAGUAUUUUGUAUAAUACGAGCGUUUUCACAUCGCAUUUCAAUUAUCUCGCGCUGUGUUAAGCUCCCCUCAUGUUUGAAUACCCACCGCAAGACCGACGGAAGAAAGGUACUCGGACGUGAUUUAUAUUAUAUAGUGUUUAUUAAUUAAAUAAUAUCAGGUAUACGUUUAUGUGUUUGGCGAAAGCGAAUUGUUUUACGUCCGUCAGGUUGCAAGUACCUAUAUAAUAACAUAUUCCGUAAUGUUAUGACUGUUGCCAAAAACACAAGACCAAUACCUAUAUCGGUUACUUUGUAAACGUUGUAGAUCUAAUAUCUGUUGUCAUUAUUGUUCCACAGUAAAUUUACACUAAAAUUUCUUUGGUGUAGUAUGAGGUUUAGACCGACAGGUAUGGGUAACGUCUUUUCAUUUCUUCUCCGCUUUAUCUAAAUUCGUGGUGGAUUUUCUAGGUAGGUUUUACGAGGUAGGUUUCCAUGUAGGACACUAACUUCUUUGAAGCAGCAUCAGGUUUAGAUCCGCAAGUAUGUAUUUAAGAUGUUUGAUAAAACUCCUAUAAAAACCUCCUCUGCUCGAGCCGAACGAGAGAUACGGUCUUUAAAUACUGUUCCGGGCAAAAGUAUAGUGUAUAUAUAAGUGUAUCUACCAACUGUCAUCGUCGGCGCAAAAUUUGUAUAUAUGCACUUUGGAUCGUUUGCUUCUUUACGAAUCGACUAUUGUACCACUACAUUAAUAGUAUAAUAAUGAAAAAUAAUAAAAUAUCCAUUUAUGCCGUUUUCAUACUUUUUUAAUAUAAAAAUGGACGGGCGACACCAAGUUAUAAUACACGGGUGUCCCACGAUGAUCUGCCACUUGAAAUAACUUUUUUUUCAUUCAAUAUUUUUGAUAUAUAUAUAUAUAUAUAUAUAUAUACAUAUAUUUUUUUUUUUUUAAUAAUUAGCCUCUGUGGUACAAAUUAUAUAUGGACAUUUUUUUUAAGGUUAAGGUACUUAGAAUAAAACAUUUUAAAUUUUAUUACAAUUUUUGUUAAAAAAAUUCAAAAUAGUCAUUUUGUAAAAUAGAUUUUUUUUGGCACGUUUUGGUGAUUGAAACUUUUGUUAAAGUAUGGUAUUUUAUUUUCUACGAUUUUUUGAAUUUUUUGCAAAUGUGAGUAUUACUAUUGUGGUUAUUCUAUUACAAUAUUUAAUCAGUUAUUAGUUAGGGCACAUGACAAGGAUUUUCUUUUCCUUGAGUUAAUAUCAUGCAAUAAUAUUAUCAUAUUAUAGGUAUAAGGUAGUAGUUAAAUAUUAAUUUAUAUUAAAAAUAAUAUUGUUAUGAUUGGAAAGAAACUUAUUCAAAUUUUCAAAAAAUCGUAGAAAAUAAAAGACCAAACUUUAAUAAAAGUUUAAAUUCCUAAAAAAAUUAGAAAAAUCUAUUUUACAAAAUGGCUAUUUUGAUUUUUUAUUAAAAAAUUAUAGUAAAAUUAAAAAUCUGUAUAUUAAAUAAAAUCCCCUAAAAAAAAAAAAAAUGCUCAUAUAAAAACCGCAGUAGCGCAGAUACAUACUCAUUAUUUAAAAAAUAAAUAUAUAUCAAAAAUAUUGAAUAGAACAAAAGUUAUUUCAAGUGACAGGCCAUCGUGGGACACCCUGAAUAUCGGGAUUAUUCAGCUCCCGCUCCUUAAAGGGUAUCAAAUCUCUGACCUUCCCCAGAAUUUUUUUUUAGACUCUUUAUUUAUGAAAUAUGAAUAAUUAAUUUAAUUUAGUAGUACCUAAUAUAUAUAAAUAAAUAUAUAUAUGUUAAUAAAUAUAAAAUAAAUAAAUAUAAUUCAAGUGGAUAGAAUAAAUUAUAAUACUCUGUCGGCCAACUGGUUGUCGGCUCAAUGUCGCGAUCCAAUUUUAUUACGGUUAAUUAGUUCCACGUGACUCCGAAAUUAUAGUUUUCAACGUUAAAUUAGUCUAAAUUCUAGAGAAUCUCUAUAAUAGUUUCAAAUUAGAUGCACAUUAUUUCGUUUCGAUGAGUGUGAUUUUUUUUUUAACGCACUUUUUAGAAAUAAAAUACGUACCAUGUUUGCGGUCUGAUAAUUUGCAAAUUUUUAAAACACUUGCUCGUCAUCAGUUUGAACUUGUGUGCUCUAUAUUAAGCACUAUACAGAUCUCAGUCAAAUUAAUAAUAUAUUUUUAACGUUUUCUGAAUUAUCCGGGGGACAGUACUUUAUUAGCGCAGUGUACGCAAUUUAAUUCAAACAUCUUAUUACGCGUGUCUUUUUUUUUCAUCCGUAUUACACGCUGAUUAUUUAUUAUCUGACAAAAUAAAAAAAAUAUGGUUCGAUCGAUCAUUCAACCGUGUAUAAUCACAUACAUUGACAUAAACUCAGUAUUGAACAUGCGAGUUACGAAAUAAUAUUAUGUUGUAAUUGAAAAUAGCAAUUAUUGUCCCUUCUGUGAACAAAUUGUCACGUAAUUAAAUGAUAAUUAAUUAAUUUAUAAGCAGGGCAUAACCUCCACCCUGACUACGUCCCGUGUUUAUUUUAGCUGACAACCGUUAAUAUUUAAUAUACUUUUUUAUUAAUUAAUGAAAUUAAACAACUGCUAUAAGUACGAGUUUUGAGAUAUUUUGUAGUUAACACUUGUCGGUAAUCCUUAUCAAAAUUGCUUAUAAUAAACCUCCUGUUAAAUUUUCAAUUAUUUUAAAAACCCUUGGAAAAUCAAAAAUGAUCCCCAAUGCGAAAACUAGAAAACUGCGAAAACUUUCUUUUCACAAUUGAAGUAAGAUUUCUGGUAGAAAAAUCAAAACGAACAAUCACACACGAUCGAUUUUUAACGGUAGUUUCAAAUGUAUAUUCAUUAUAAAGUGUCUAUAUGUGUAUGUGAGUAUAUUUGCAGAAUACCACAAAUCGAGAGGACGAAACCGAAAAAAAAAAACAAAAAAAAAGAAAUGCUAGAAACGUUAUUUCUUCCUCGAUCAAUAAUUUUAUUUAUUUCCGGGUCAUACACGCAUGCACAUUUUCGUAUUAUUUAUUUUAUAAAAUAUAUAUGGGAACGUUUUUUGCUUUUAAUAGCGUUUUAUAAUUAUCGAAGUACAAUUUGCUGGUGUUUAAUUUAUGACACUCAAAGAAUCUGAGCGUAUAGAGAUAGGAAUGUAUUGGUUUUACUAUGGUGAAUUUUUUUUUGUUUAUCUUUCUGAAAAUUUUGUCACCGAAAAUCUUACUCUAACUAUCAACUUUUAAUUUUAAGUGUUUUUACUGGUAGAAAAUUUUUUAUAUUUUUUUGUGUUGCGUAAAUCAUUUCUUUAUAUUCCUGUAGUUUUCUUAAUUAUCAGGAAAAAAUAUAAGAGUAAAACGAGAAAAUGUUCGUCAUAACGAUUUCUGUAAAUUUCAGUUGUAAUUCCGAUAAAAAAAAUCUUGUAAACAUGGUACAUUUUUGAACUAUUUAUUGUAGGAAUUUGAAGUUUUUUUAAUUUUUUUUUAAAUUGUUAUUUGGUUUUUAUAUGGAUAAAAUUGUUAUGACCAAGCAGAUGUGUUUGUCGAUUUUAAAUGAACAUCAUUAUGCGUAUUGUACUAGCUGACCGGUAAAAACAUGUCGAGUGUAAAGAAGAAAUUAUUUUAUCAGCUAUUUUAUGUUUAAAUUUUAAUGAAAAUCGUAAAAAAAAAAUCGCGGCAUUUAAAAAUAUGUUCAUCCUAUCUCCGCUCAGAAUCGUAUUUCGUGAGAAAUGUUUUAUCAUUUUGUACAAAUACGAAUUGUAUUACUUGUACGUAUCCUAUAGCUUCCUGAAUUUCCACCCAUUCAAUUUCAUUAUUAUCGUUUUAUUUUUUGGAAAUCGUGGUUCAGAGUGUGCCUAGAAAAACACGUCUUGUUUUCGCCGGCCGACGUGCGUGGUAUUUAUAGGCGGCGUCGUCGACGCGAAAUAAUAAUUUAAUAUAUGGCCUCGCUGUUUCUAAUUUGUGAUUUUUGGCGUCGGCACGAAACCGUUAUAAGUGUACAAGUUCUAAAAUAAUAAUACAAUAACGAGAGUGUAUAGCGGCAAACUUCUUCGCCAGUGGCGCCAUUCUCGUACUGCUACACACAGACCGAAUAUUAAAAUAUCACUGCAAGUAACUAUUAGCUGUGUACCGAAUGGGUCGCCGCGCGCCGUAAACCCGUUUCGCCGACGCUUUUUCGACGUAAAGACAAUUUGGCGUUGGAAGAAAAUAAAAAAAAAAAAUGAAAAAAAAUCUAACAAAACACCCGAUAGAAAAAUAGCUCUCUAAAUCCGAAUAGGUAUUACGAAUCUACAACUUAAUUUUUCACGAAUAUACAGAUAGCGCGUAUAUACCGCGAACAUUACUGAUCAAUCGUGUUCGUUUCAGUGUUUUGUUGUAAAUAUAUUUAUCGACCGUGUUGAUAUAGUAAUUAAUAAGCAUGCAAAUACAAACAAAAGAUGAUUCGUCGUGACAUUCGGUACAUAUCAUUAUGGACAUUACAAUUUGUCAAUUAUAAACACUAAUUUGGCACCAAUUAUUGAAACCGUGACGGUUUUGUGGUCCAUACUAACAGACGACAAACAAUAUUACUAUACAUUGGUUCAAAGCGGGAAGGUAACCGAAAAUGACCGAAAAUGACCGAAAACGUAUUGAAAGUCGAGAGACGUCUCCGAUGAUUAUAACUGAACAUUACCGAACUUUCCAGAAACCCAUCGCGGAGACAACGCUUCCGAAAUGAUUUUCUCUCACAAUGAUUUAUUCAUGAAACCGAUCGGGUUUAAAAAUAAACUGUAACACCCUAAAAAAUAUUGCGCUCUGUCUGUCAAGUAAAAACAAAGUAAAACGGUGUCUGAAUACGUAUAAUGAGUUAAUAGGUAUUUAUGAAUUGAGUAGACGAGUUUUUGAAAACCGAUUUAAAAGUAUCCCGGUAAACCUCCACGACUUUUAACGUAAAAGCGAUUUUACCCUGAAUACGAUAUCUGACCUACCCACCGCCCCCGCGUUAAACACUGUCGUUUUGUUUGCGGACGACGAAAAACCGCAAAAUAGAUUAUGUCAUACUGUGGACAAUUUCGCGAUACAAACAUUACACACACGCAUCAACGACAUACGCUGUAUAUAAAUUGGACGGAUGUACGGAUUUUUUGUUUUUUUUUUUCGACGGCAAAGCGGUCAGUAAAAACGACGACGGCGAAACGGUCUCGCGACGACUCGUCCGAGUUCGAGUGACGCGCGCGCACAACGCGUACACUACGCGACGCGACCGCUACGCGCGCGUUCUUCGCGCGUCGUAAAUUCGGCGGCAACGAUACCCGGAGACGUUUGGAGAAAGAAAAAAUUAAAAACCGCGAGCGUACAGUAUUUGUGGUGGAGCCGCUCGCGGGCGACGUCUGCAUUCGGCGUCGCGAAAAUACGGCGUAAAACGCACGUUUCCGGCACACGCCCGGAGCGAUACGGCGGCGGCGACGGCGAGAGCGGCUGUGCGCCGCGCGGGGACGGAUAAAGGUUUGCGUUGUGCGUGUACGCGUGUAUACGGGGCAAUAUGUUCCGUUGUUCCUAUACGCAUACACCGAGCGCGGUGUGUUGUGGCGCGUUUGAUAGUGGCGGACCGACCGAUAUAUUAAAGAGUGCGAAGAGUGCUAUUGACGCGUUCGCGUUCGGGGGGAGGGGGCGGGGUGCCGCCCCCGUCAACAAUCCCGCGGUUUUCCCCGUGACGCACGAUUUCCGGGAAAAUCCUCCCUCCUCACUCACCCGGGCUCUCCGUUCGACCGCCCCUCGCUCCUCGCUCCCCCCCCCCAACAUAACCGCUCGACCGCGCGCCGCCGAUCGCCGAUCGCAUCAGGAAUGUCCCGUAAAUGUAAACAAGCAUGCCGUCGGCGGCGGGGAUAAUGGAUUCUCCGCGAUUAUGUUUCACGCAAUAAUAUUAAAUUUUCGGCGUUGUAAAUGCGUGAUGCGAGUGACGCGUGCAUGCCCGGAAUACGUACGUUCGCGCGGGACCGGAAAAAUAAUAACAAUACAGUUAAAAUCAUAUCGCGGCCGCGAAGAAGUGCGAUAAUAUUUCGAGCGGUGGCCUGACCGGUAGAGGCACUAGUGGACACGGCCAUGCGAUCAGCGCUGUUGUAUAGUGAAAUUAUCAAAAUAAAUUCAAAAAUAUCCAGGUAAUAUACAGAUACGGGAUAAUUUCUUAUCCAGACGUAGAUUAAAGAGAACAUAAACAACCACGUAGUGCGUAGAUAAUAAAAUCAAUUGUUAACCGGUGAUUAGACCGAUGAAGUUUUAAUACAUCAUUUUGAGUAUGCGGAAAAUAUGAAUGCCAGAAUUUGAAUUCUUGUUUAAACGUCAGUCGUUUAUUGGAUUUUUCUGAAAGUAUAGGAAUCUAUAUGAUUUCGACAGAACCGAGUAUUUUAAAUAUUUAGGAUCAGUAUUAACUGGAAAAAAAGAAACAUAACAUGGUGUACUCAGAAAACAGAUGUGUUUAUAUGGCCUCGAAAAACUGCCAGGAUUCUUGAAGAUCCUGAAGAUUCAUAUAAUUAUGUAACGCAUUACGCCUGUUUUUCGUACAUGGAGUGCAAAAAUUGCCAUAACGAAAGAUGGAUUAAAUAAAUUGAUAUUCGGGGAAAGGAUAGUUCUGAAGAAAAUGUAUAGACCUACAAAGAAUUUCAAUAGCAAUGGGAAUAAGCAAUAGAGAAUAAGAAAAAAUAUAUCUAUUUUAUAAUCAAUUUUUCAUAGACCUAAUAUAUUGAAGGUGAUGAAUAAUAUAAUACUACGGUGACAUGCUUGGCGUAAUCAGAAUCCAUUGUUUCACAUAGUAGUAGAGAAUAACGCAAUAGGACGCUAUCGAGAAGACCCCGUGUGAAGUGAGAAGAUUUAAACAAAACUUAGAGGUUUUGGAUGGGUAUUUAGAUUGGAAAGAGAUAACUAGAUGAAAAUGUUUUUGAUGCGAUGAUCUUAGCAGUCGAUUACCCGAAGAAAAAGAAGGAGAAUCAUUUUACCGUAAAGAAUUUAUUUUAUUUUUGAAAACAUCAUAAUAUUCUAGUUUCUACCAAAUAAAUAUUUUAGUAGUACAAUGCUGGAGAUUUUUUUUUUUUUUUUUAGUAUUAUGAUUAUUAUUAAUCAUUGUCUGAAUCGAUAGAAUUUUUAUGAGUCGUGUAUUUCAGGAAUUCGCUUUUUGUUCGCAGAUGAACAUCUUCCAAGUUUUUAUAAUAAUAAUUUAUACAAAUGCGAUUUAUGGUAAUAAUUCUAUAUUGCGAUCAUUUCCAAUGCAUUUGAAUCUGUUGUAAUAAAUUAGCUCAAACGAAAAAAAGAAUAAAAUAAAUUUCUUGUCGAAAUUCCAAGUGAAUAUCCGUGACGUGCAACGCGUACUAUGAGACACGCUUUUACUCUAAACGCGAAUGUAUAUUAAAUGUAUACGUAAAUCCAAUUUCUCGCGGAUUUCGUUCAAAUCUUCUCUCUGACAUUGUGAAUAAAAACAAAUACUGUACUGUCUCGUUAUUUACUAUAUGCGAUGCGGUCGCCACCACACUAAAAUUCCAUGCAAGCCAUAGAUAAUACGUCCGUUACAAAUUCAGAUUCACUAAUUUGCAUAACCCGCGAAAAUAUCUCGUACGGAUAUAAGUCCUCCGACGAUACGUUUUCCCGCAAAUUCGAGUGCUUUCGAAGUCGCUGCCACCGCCGUCAAUUUGUCAGGGAAAUUUGUUUACCGCUAGUGUUAAUCCCAUAUAACAUAAUAUAAGCAACAGUAUAGGCUCGUAUACAUUUUACCAGCCAUACUAAUCAAAAUUUGUUUACGGUAAUAUAUUUAACAUGAACUUGCAUGACUAUCGUCGCAAUUUAGUAUGCCUUUAAUUUAGACGUAAUAUCAAAAAAUCGUAGAUGAAGCAGGAAAAACAUUUCCUUCCGGUUAGAAUUCAACUUUUUGAACUUUUUCCUAUGCAAAUAUUUAGCGUGUAAUUAACGUACAUUUACACGAUUAUUUAUCCCGAUAUUCAAACGAAAUUGUUCUGCUGAAAAAAAAAAAGGUUUUACUGAUUUAGACAUUUCACCAGAACAUGUAACAUUUCAAAUUUAGUUUAAAAUGUUUAUUUGUGCAUAAUAUUUCAUAUUUUGUUUUCAAAUUUUCUUUAUAAUAAUAUAGACUAUAACCACAUAUCUUUUUACAGUUACAUUUUGACGCGUUUAGCUGAUCUCUUUGAAACAAAUGAGCUCAAAUUCGGGAAUUAAAGUUUUUUUAUAGGUGGAUUGAAUUGAUAAAAACAUGGUUGAAUUAAAAUUUGAAUUAAAUACCCAGUUGAGAAAGGUGUUUUUCAAUUUUAAACACUCAUUUUUACCGUUUUAAUAAUCAAAUUUUAGUAUAUAAUAUUGUAUUGCUAAAAUUACAGUAUUCGGUUAUUUAUUGGUUUAUAAUGUAAAAAAAAAACAGACAGGGAGAAAUUCUAGAGACAAACGGUGCUUUUUUUAAAUCAUAAAACUCAGAUAAUUCAUGAUUUUAUGGAUUUUCGGACUUAAGAACUGUAAUGGUCCAUGGGCCUCUUACUCAAGAACUGAUGUUAUUCACAUUUAAAUUCUUUCUUCGUAUAUAAAACGAAAAUUGAUUUGUUGUUUUUGUCGUUGAUUUUCGGGUUCCCUCGGUUACAUGGAUGAAAUGAAAAAAAAACUGUUUUAUUUUUUUAUUUUACACAUUUUUGACGUACAAUACUGUGUUUGACAAUACAUUUUAUUGUUUUUGCUCUUAUGGUUUUAUUCAAUAAAACAUAUUUUAUUAACUCAGCUGCUACCGAAAAAAAAGUACACCACAAUAAUUCGAAUCACUCAAAUGUGAAAACGAACGGCAUUUAAACGAUUUUCGUUUCAAAAUAUCAUUUUUUAAGUAGACGUAUAAUCAACUCUGGCGGUUUAAAAUAAAAAGUGAAUUUCAGAUUUUGGUCAUUUUCAAUUAACCAUCUUAUAUUUUAAAAUUUGAUUAUAUCACUGUUAGUUGUCUGAAAAUUGAUAUGUCACGGACAUAAUUGUUGCCAAUCUUCUCCUCUCAAAAUAUCAUACAUAGCAUCAUAAUUAUUUUUUAAAAUUGUGAUUUUUAUCACUGUCUUAUGUAAUAGGCAAAAUUAUGGAUCUGACCAGUUGGGCAUGGGCUUGGCUUAAUGCUGACAGUUUUCACUGUUAUCCACUGUUAUCACUGUUUUUACCCUUAUUUCUACCGGUCGUGGUUUUACCACGACCGAAGGUUUUAGGUUUUAGGUUUUCACUUUGGACGCUAUCUUCCUUGGAACAGUAUCUGCAGAUUUGGACACUCCGUGAAGUAUAAUUUUUUGCUGUAGGACGCCGUGAUGGUUAUAUAUUUCACUUAUCGUUUUAUUUUAAAAUAUGCGCAUUCGGAACGUUAUAUUUACGAUGCUUCAAAAAUAUAGAAAUAAAAUACGACCUACAUAAGCGUUUGUUUUUUUAUUUUUGCGACUAAUUUGAACAAAAAAAAAUUAAAAUGUAUUUUACUGCUUUAUUAUUAAUGACCGUACAGGUAUAUUCGUAAUUGGUUUUUAAAAAACAAUACCUCAAUUACAAUUUUUUUUUCCUCGAACUGUUGAUUGCAUUUAAAAAUAAAUAAUUAAUGACAUAAUUUUAUGAAAAACGUUGUACAAUAUAUUCAUUGAAUCGGUUAUUAUUAAUAAUAUCCACGUGUGAUUUAUCAUGUAGGUAUAUGUAUCGGAAAAUGAGUUUUAAUAAUAGCGGCGCGUGGCGUUAAAAAACGGAAUAAUAACAAUGGAUCGAAAAACUUUCUAUGUAAACAUAUUUUUAAUCGUCCAAUGUCGUUAAUAGUGAUGCGUUUUUACUAAACUCUUUAAAAUUUUAAAUAAUUAAACGUUACUCGUUUGUGUUAAUAGUUUCUUAAAUUCGUUAAAAUAAAAAUUCAAUCUUAGGAUUUAUAAUUUCUGACUGAUACGAUGCUUCAUUUGAAUAGUUUUCUCUGCAUUUUCGAGAAGAUUUCCUUAAAAAUUAAACAAACAGUCAGUAAUAAACGUUAUUGUGUUAUCUUAUUGCAGACUUUAAUAUUUUAACUUGUUAAAAAUAAUGUACGAUUUUUAAUAAAAAAAAAAAAAACCGCUAUAUUGGUUAAAUAAUAAUUAUAAAUUAAAAUUUGAUAGAGUUUACAAAAUGAAAACAAAACUUUUGUUUUAUUAUAUGUCGGCAAAACGAUAUAAAACAAUAAACAAUUAUUCACAAUUCUGUCAAAAACAAAAGUCAUUACUUGUUGAACAAAUGACGAUAAAAAUUAAAAUACUAUAGUAUUACAUAUUUUUACUACAUAUUGUUUUUAUUGUAAGAGGAUUGGUUAUGGAAUUUUACCAUUACUUUUACUUGUCAUCGUUUAUCAUUUUUUGUAUUAUUUUCACAAAUGGAAGUAUUGUUAAGUAAAUCGACUAAACUAUGUGAGUGCUAUCAGAUAACAAUUAUUACUUUGAAUUUUUCAAAAGUUACAUCUAUAUACUGACCUAUACAUUUUUGAGAUCUUUUCUAACCUUAAAGAAACGUACAACAGGAACAAGAAAAAAUAAAAUUUACAAAAAAGUCUAAAAAUAUUAAAUUACAAACUAAAAUAAUAUUGUUGGGAAUUAUUAUAAUUCAAAAAAAAUAAUUUAACAGGUACCUAUGUAUAUCUAUUGUAAAAUGUACUGAUUUAUAUAAUUAUAUAAUUUAAUAUUUUAAUUUGGCAUCUAUAUAAAACGGAGAGGAUUGGUGGUAAAUGUCUUUAGUAAAUGUUAAUAAAUUAGCAUUUGAUUGAAAAAAAAAAUAAUAAUUCUGCCACAUACACAAGCAAGAACAUUACCUCUGGAAAAAACAGUUAAUUUAUUGAAUAAUUUAUUGUCCGUGAAAAAUAAUCAAGAAAAGAUGUUUUUUUAAAAGAAAAACAUUUAAUCAAAAUCUACAGUAUAAUUUGUGAAGAAACAGAGACAUUUUUUUAAAGUGAGCGCAGGGAUUAUUUUCGCUUAUUAUUUGUGUGUAUGUUUAUUAAAAAAAAAAAAUCUAAUCCUGCUGAUGGAUUCGCCAUAGUCGUAGAUGGAAAAUUAAAAAAGUUGUUUAAUGUUAUUUAAUUUAUAUUAGUACGACAAUGAUAAAUCAAUGCGAAUCAAAAUGAUUCCGAGCGAAGUUCGGUUUAACAUGAUUUGAAAUGUCCUAUUCUAACAAUAUUUACGAUUUUCAUUAAAAUUUGAUCUUAAAACCUUUAUAAAAAAAAACACUUUAUUACACUCGGCUUUUGUAUUACAAAGUAAAACUUGACCAUUAAGUAUAACUUAUAAUGUACAUUCUGUUAAAUUUUCAAGUAUUUCUAUUUGAUUAAACAACCAAUUAGAUCCAAAAUGCAACAAAAGGUCCUCAUGUCGCUUUUUAUUGGAGAAAUAUUUCUCGUAGAAAAUAUAAUGUGUACAAUUUAAAAUAAUGAAAUUAUAACGACGUAUAUAUUUAUUAGUUUUCAUUUAACGUCUUUUGCGAGUUUUCCGAAUUACUAUAAAAAUUGCUGGGAAAUUUUAAGAAAAAAACUUACUUACUCACCAAUUAGAUUAAAUAUGCAACAAAAAGAAAAAUUUUUUGGCGUUUUUUGAUUUGAAAAAUAUUUCUUGUAAAAAACAUAAAAUGUAUAAGUUUGAAAUAAUGAAAUCAGUAACGCGGUAACGUGCCGCAAACAUUUGCUGUUUUUCCUAUAAUUUUGUCUCCAGCUAAUUUUGAUGUAAUCCCAUACGUGUCACAGAUGAGGUGAAUCGUAUUUUCCAUUUUUUACUACUUUAAUUAUCUACGAAAGACAAUUUAAAAUUACGAUAAAAACGCUCGUUCUUAAAAUCUUUUUUAUUUUUUUCUACAGUGAAAUUUAAAUUUAAAACAUUUAAAACAAAUUUCAAACAUUAUAUUUGCGCUGCAGCACAUGGCUUUAUUAGGUUUAUAUGCCAGAUAAUAAGUGAGAUUUUAUUAAUCUGAUUUCGUUGUUUGGUUUUUUUUUUUUUUUUUUGUUUUUUUUUUUAGUUUUUACUACAAAUAAGAAAACAGACGCAUUUAUUUUUAAUAUCCUUUUUUGAAAUAACGCGAUGCGGAUUCACGAACUUGUAACGAGGCAAAGAAGGUGGUCACCAUCCAAAUGAGCAUUUUCACUAAUGAAUUUGUAAACAAAAUAUUUUCAAUUAGCUUUAAUCUGGAAGUCUCGUGACGGAAUUUGCUUUGACUAAUUCGAUUACGAAUGAUAUAUUAUAACAACCGUGAUGUAACCAACGGGAACCGGAAAUAAUAAUAAUAAUAAAAAAAAUAUUGUGUUAGCCACGCUAUAAGAGUUGAAUUUUAGUAAACAAAGUAAGACACGAGGUCAUUAAUUACCCUAUAUAAAAUAUCUAUGAUAGAUAUGUAUUUUUUAAAACAUUUAAAGGUCAAAAAAAAAUUUAAAUCUUAAAUAUUUUAGAAGCAGUUAACUUCGAAGUUAAUUGCCAAUAAUUUUUGUCAUAAAAGUAAAAAUGUUAAAUUAUGUUUUUCUUAUAAGAAAUUGUUUGGACAUGAUUUUGUUAAAGGAUUUAUUUCAAAGACAGCGGUCUACCCUGGCAAGUAGGCUCACCAAUCAAUUGUUUUGUUUAAAAAUAGUCUAAAUUAUAAUACACACUUGAUUUAUAACGUGUUGAAUAUAUUUAGAGUACAUACUGCAUCUAAAUCUGAUUUGUCGAGCCUUUGAGUCAUUUUAUAGACAUAUAGAGAAUUGCAAAACCAAUAAUAAUAAAUCAAAAAUGUAUCGAAUUUCUGAAGGCAAUACGUGUUGGUAAAUUUUAAAAAAGUAAUUUUUAAUUCAUUAAAUACCUAUGUGUUUAAUUUGUGAAGCUCUCUUAUAUUUAUCAAAAAUUCUUCAACGUUUCGUGCCUUCGAAAAUAUUUUAAUUUCACUAGUGUUUCAACUCGUAUACCAAUAAAAACAAAUCUGCGGUACAUUUUGUUGACUCCCAUAAUAAUCAGUAGCGUAUUGGACUUUGUUUACCUAUAGUGCAAUGAUUUGUAUGUACUACUCGUUUUAUUUGCAUCCAUAUACAUAGCUAUAUAAUAUAAGUACAAUGUAAUGACGUAUUAAAAUUGAUACCGUUUUUAAAAUCUUUAUUUUUAAUAUUUUAUUAUAUUCCUAAUUGUAUUUUCCCAUUACUUUAUAAAAAAUGUAUAAAACCUAAGUGGUUGCUGCUCAAAACCAGUUUAUGGUUACUUAUUUUUUAUAUAGUACACGUUUUUAUGUAUUUAUGGGUCUUAAAUCUUAAUUUAUAGACUGAAAAUUAUAUUUAUGAUAUUUUAUUGUCCCGUUCAUACAGUUUUCGACCAAGGAAUCUUUACGCAGAUUCCCGGCCUUGUCGGGAGCUAGAUAGCCUUUUCAUUUACGUUUAUUUACUACAUUUUUGGUCAAUAUACGUCUUGUAAAGGUGUGCAAUGUUUUAAUUCGCAUUAAAAAAAUUUUAAAUAUUCCUUAAGCACAUCACGUUGAACUCACCAUAUCGCCUCGAAACAUAAUGCGUUCGUCGGUUAACCGGGUGAGCUGAAUGCGAAACGAAAAUUAAUACAAAUGUAAAUACAUUUGUGUCCCGAUUUCGAAAUAUUAUACGUAUAUUUAUUUUUUUAAGUUGAAAAUAUUGUACUCACCUAUAUGUAUGUAUGUUCUAUGGUUUUCCACAAGACGCGGAAGUCAUAAACUUUUGACGGGAAAAUGUAUUAUGUUUUUUUUUUUUUUUGUUUUUAAAACUAUACGAUUGAAAUUUAUUAUAAUAUAUACUUGCACAUUAAAACCUGUAAUAUAUUAUUAUUCUGCUGCAGUGACAACGCAUACGGUACAGUUUUUUGAAUUUCCGAAUAAUAUUUUAUUAUUAUAUAUUAUAAACGACGUUAUAAAUGUAAUAUUUUACUGCGAUUUUGCGUUUGACACGGGAUAAACACAAUAUAAUUUGUAGUUUUUCGUUAGCGGCGUAUUAUUUUACCAAAGUUUGGACAAACGUGUAGGGGAAAAAAUGACGAUGCAAGUAACAGCCAAAGACAUUUAGUGGGCUUGAUAUAUUAUUAUGAUUAUGAUGGUAUGUGUAUUAUUUUAUGCACGACAAUACUGUCCGUUGUGGUUUUCGGGCCUGAACUUUGAAACAAAAAAAAAUAAAAAACCCCAGGCUGUUUGUCUAAUAUACAUAGGUAUUUACUUCACAGCUAAGCAAAAAGUAUUAUAGAUAUCACCCCUACCCCUACCUCUCCGGACAAAAAUAACUUUAUGCACUUAACGUUUUUUAUUUUAUUAGACGAUUCCAAGGCGUAUUAUACCUACCUAUUUUACCUAUACUGGAUAUAAUAUUAUAUAUAGUGUGUUUCGUUAAAUAUUUUCUGCGUAGUUUUUUUUUAUUAUUAUAAUAUUUUAGCCGUUUGGUAUAAAUUUCAAAACUAAAUCGAACAUUUUUUAAAAGUAGAAAGUAUUUACGAAUUUUAAUUCUGCUGUGCUAUAUGUAUGUGGAAUAGAUCUUCGUCUCCUUUGCCUUUAUUUCAACUAUUUGAGGUCGGCCGUUCUCGUCCUAAACGCCCACUUGACCCGAUCGCUCACCCCUCAUCCACCUGCCGUCCUCGUAUCAUUCCAACCACUUCUUUUUUGUUCUUUCUUUUCCUCUCCUUCGUCUAAAAUUGUUAUUAUCAUUGUUACUGUUUCAGAUCCCUCUUUCCUUUUGACAUACCCAAACAAUUGCAGUCUGUUUUUUCGAAAUAUGUUUCUACGGUGCGGCGGUAUAAAUAAUAAUAUAUAAUAUAAUAUACCAUUGACAGAUAAAAAUGAAAUCGGAGGAGUAUUAAAAUACAAAAUACUAUUACCGUCGGUGAAAUUCUGAAUUCAUUUAUUUUUUAUAUACUUAUAGUAUUAAAUAAUAUUCCUUUGGUAUUUGUUCACUUCAACCAAUAUAAUAUAAAAUAAUGUUAAAACAAGUCGUAAUACCCGAUGGAAACAAAUUCCAUAUUGUAAUAACGGUUUUACAAUAUUAUUGUUUUGAAAUCGUAUAAUACGUAUCCUUUUAAUUGUUUAUUUUAUACAGCUUAGUGGAGAAUUUGAACUUUUACGUACACAAAUUGUUUGGUACUCUUGAAUUAUUCUAAAUAAAUAGGUAUUCAAGACCGUAACUAAAAGGAGAGAGAGUCCUGAGUGUCCAAUGGUAUACGUUUGAAAAAUAUGAGUGUAUACUUUAUAUAGUAUAUUAAAUAAAUUUUGGAUCAAUAGUGAAAACGUGAACUGUUAUAAGUAUCAUUUAUAAUUAGAUUAAUUUAUUCAAAUGGUUUAAUUAUUUAUAUCUUGGAUAGCGGCUCAGAUAUCUUAUUUAUCAUUUAUCCGGAUGAGGUAACAAUUUACCAAUGUAUUUAUGUAAUCUGUCUUUAAUGCAUUUUCACGAAAUUAAGAGUUUCGCGAUUGGUAUCGUCAAACAUUUGAAUUACAGUACCGUUUAAACCAUGCAUAUAUUAUAUACUAUCAAAACGUCGUUCAAACGUUAUCGUGUGUGCCGUCAGUCAAUGCAACAAGCUAGUGAGCAUAACGAGAGACCCUACUGAUAUAUUAUUUGGACACUAACGUGCCAGAGUUGAGUCUCUAUCAAAUUUUGACGAAAAUCGUAAAUAACAAUACUUUUUAAAACACGUGUAACCAAAAUCCACUCGGAAUCGUUUGUAAUUAUCAAUUAUUAAUCGUUGAAUACAGAUAUAUAUUAAAUUUCCCUCUUUAUCCUACUUCCCCAAAACUAAAAUUGUUCCUUUAAUUAACCUGAGAAUCAGAAAAAUCAAAAUUCAAUCAUAAAAUUAAAUUUUUGAGUUUGUGAAAAAUUCAUUCGGUAUAAUUUUAUGACGUAGGAAAAUCUCGACUGAUCAUGGUUGUCAUGAUAUCAGAUAAAAAUCGAUAUGAUAAAACAUAAUAUAAUGGUGACCUCCAAUAAUAGACUCUUCGUAUUUUCCUCCGCAGUAGACGUGUAGAUGACGUGCCGUCGUAAUACUCAUAUAAUUUAUUCAACAAAAAUAAAAACAAAAUCUGUCACACAACUGUGACUAUAGUACCUAUAGUAUAUAGGUAAUAAUAUUACCUAACGGUUUCAUAAUACGGUGGGGGUGCUCAAAAUCAAAAGUAGUAAUAACAUUAAAAAUAAUGUCCAUUAUCGAAAUGUAUAAUGUAUACGGUGACCCCGUGGGAUUCACAAAUAUAAUAACGUGCGUAUUUUUUCUCUGUUUUGUCCCGCAGAAUGUAACAGUUUGUCGAACAUGAGCAUAACGGUGCCCGUGGCGGUGGCGACCGGCGACUCGGCGAAAAUGACAUGUACAUACGACUUGGAGUCCGAUCCUUUGUACACGGUCAAAUGGUACAAAGGCCGGCAGGAGUUCUUCAGAUACGUGCCCAAGGAACUGCCACACACCAGAGUGUUUCCGUGGCCCGGAAUAAAUGUGGACGUGAGUAAAAUAUAUUAUUACCAGGGUUCGAAACUUAUAGCAUUAAUUUGUUUAUGCGUGCCAUUUAAACCUAACAUAGUGCGAUGUUAAUCUAUGACGCGUUAUAAUUACUUUUAUUAUGAGAUCUAAAAGUGUUUUUUUUUUUUUUUUUUUUAUAAUUUCGAUAGAAAAAAAUAAAAAAAUGUUUUUACUAGCUUUUUCUGAUUUUUCUCACAUGUUUUCGAUUUUGUGAUUAUAUUCUAACCACUAACGAAACCAAUGUUCCCUUCGCCCCCAUGGUUUUUAAAUAAUUUUUCCAUUGUUAUACAACACAAAAUACAAUUGUUUUGUAGUUUGUAUUACGUUAACUACUUGCCGUGUCGGUUGUCACUGGGCAUGGAACAAUACACAUUCACGAGAUUGGUUUUAAAUAGAUUCAAGAGUUCAAAUGUGAAAUUUGAAAGUGCCUUUGUUCAGUGAUUUUAAUAAUUAAAACGAAAAAAUAAAAAAUGUGUUUGUUAGUUUUUCGAAAAUGUAAUCAAAUGCUUAUUUUAGGAUUCCUUAUAAUAUAUUUAUAUAAAUGUUUAUUAUUGAUUUUAAGUGCUCGAACUGUGAUUAUUGCUAUAGUUGUCUUAUAUAUAACGAAUAAGAAUAAAAACGGAUCUCUUCGUGUUUCUUCGAUAACCCGUGUUCACGCAUAUCACACUAAUAAUACUGGAUUUUUUUUUUAGAUUCUGAGCACAGCGAGGAAUAUAUUUGUUUUCUUACGAUGCGUUUUUUUUUUUCUGUCUGUUAACAGCGUUUCUAUUAGAUGGUUUUCUCCGAAAAUUAACGAUAGAGCUUUUGAAUUGUAUGUUGGAUAUAAUCGGUGUAUUAUGGUGGUAUUUUUUUUGAUUCACAAGCAGUUUUCAAAAUAAUUGGAGAAAAAAAAUAUAAUAAAACAAGCAAAUUUACUUUGACAAAAGUUUCAUUUUUUUUCGAUUUUGUUAUUCUAUCAAAAUUUAAAGAAUAGUUUAGUUUAUAUACAUACGUAAUAAUAAAUCAUUGUAAAUAAAAAGACGAUUCUGAGAAGACUAUUUAUACGUGGUAUCGUAUAUUUCCUUUCGUCGAUAAGGCAACCAGGAAAUAACGCAAAUUGUGUAAACAAUGACUAAGGUUUCUCAUUUUAUUAAUAAAACUAUAUGGAAAAUAAAAAAAUAACCUCCUCGAUGUACCAAAUAGAUAAAAAAAAAUAGCUACAAGAAAGUACUUAUAAAGUUAUUGAUUAGAGCGAGGUUUCUGGUAGAAAAUUUGUAUACAGAUACGCAAAAAAAAGUUCAGCACAGUAAAACUAAUAUGAUCCUCGUUUCGCUCAGAGUUUAAUAAUAAUAUAUCCCUAGUAUAUAUAACGAAAACAAUUUUGCUAAUUCGCGAAAAAAAAAAAUCUUCUUUCGGUGUAAAAUUCAAAAUAUCAAUGUAUUAUACUAUAAUAAAUGACUGUAAUAAUAUUAUAUAUUAUGAAUAUUAUUAAUCAAAUUGAAAUUAUUAACCAGUCCGUGAAAUACAAUUGAACGUUAUAAUUAUUAUGAUGUGCAUCGCGGGUAAAGUGUGUGCGGUUGUUUUUCUGCCCGGGUCGAAAAUAUCAAUUUUCUACCUACCAACUGAUAAAGUAUAUUUAUACAAAAUGUUACCACCUACUGACUAUAUUAUUUUAAUUAAAUAAUAAUAGUAACGAGUGCGCUUACCGAAACGUGGAAACAAUUUCCGCUGAAGUACGUUGCGUUUGUUAUAUUAUGUUAUGUAGGUGUAAAUACGAAGUGGCCGGGCAAUACAAAAUAUUAAAUUUUAUUUCCCUUAUACCUACCCAAACAAAUUGACAUUCGCGUAUACCUUUCUGAUUAAUAAUUGUUUCCAUAUUCCAUAUCGAAUUAUCUCUCAGCAAUAAUUAAAUGGAAGUAAAAAAAUAAAUAAAAACAAAUAAUAAAAUAAUGAUCGAUUACCUGUGAUGUAAACGUGUACAUUUUUUUUUAUCGAAAAUUUGGAAACGCUUAAAAUGUAAAAAGAAAACCUUAAUACCUGAUUAAACUUAACUUUGAUCGUAAACACGCUUCCGUCUGUAUUAAAUUUUAGAUUUUGAUCGCAGUAAGAAAUUUAUUGGUUUUACUAAGAUGCAGUUAGUGACGUCAAAAUUGGGUUGUGCAACGGGAACAGUUACCUGGAGGGAGCCUCAUUGUGUAAAACAAAAUAUUUUAUAAUUUGAAAACAACACAUUUUAUUAAUCUGCCGAUUUUUCUCAUUUAAUAUGAAAACUUCUGGGAAAAUUAAAUUAUCUCCUUAAAGUACUACUCCAGUUGAAUUUCCUUCUAGAAAAAGUUCUAGACUUGAAAAUCGGAGCUAAUUUCCAGACAGUUCACAGACCAAAAAAAAAUAAAUGUCAUUGUAAAGUCAAUAUAUUUCUCGCUCCGCUUAGAAUCUAAAAUAUUUCACCGAAUUUUGCACAGGAUCGUUUUUCGUUAUUAACAAUAUAUCGUUGCAUACAGAUAUAAACAUUCUUUAUAUCUUACCAUGCUAACCAUAGUAGAAAAGAAGUUAUUCUUCUCCACUAUAGUGGCUUACCCAUGAACAAUGUCUUUUAGUAGAGGAACGUAACGAUAAUUUACAAAACAUUUGAAAAUGUACUGCUUUUUCAUUAUUAUUAUUAUUGUUGUUAUUAAUAGAGAUUUCAAUUACACAAAUUAUUAAGGCGUUUGUAAAUACUUAACAAAUGUUUUUGUCAUUUAUUUUUCUUAUAAUAUAGUGUUUCUGCAACCUAAUGCUAUGUACAGAUGUAUUAAAUACAUGGCUGGCCGAUAUAAUGAUGAUAAGAGGUUGGCAGCCAUAAUAUAAUAAGAUGACACAUUUUAUUAUUUAGCUCAUGAAAUAUUUGUUUUUGUCAUGGAAUAAAAAUUAAUUUGAUAAUUCAAUAACUUUCUUUCUGUCUUUCAAGACACUUUCUAAGUUAUGCACAGAAAGUGCAUUUUGACACAUCCAUUCACAUUUUUUCGCUUUUAAAAGAGCCUCUAAACUAUAGAUUUUUUCCAAGAGCCCUUACAUAGCAGAUGACGGCUCUUUUGUCAGAGCCUGGUACUGCUCCUAGAAAGUUAGUAUCUAUCCUAAACGUGAACCUAAAACCUAGCGGUCAAUGGAAAACCACUACGGGAUUAGAUAAAAAAUGGAAGGAAAACAUACAUUGGAACGGUCACAGGAUUCUAGUAAGUUUUAGUGUAACCGAUCGGGUUUUCGUUAUUUUCGAAUAUUUUUUAUAUUAUCACAUUUAACGUUUAAUUCUUGAUAGUAUGAACAAAAUGUAUUUCAUGGGUUAAUCUUGGUAUAUAUAUAUGAUGACAGCUAGUGUAUAAAUUCGACUGCAAUAGCUUCUUAUUUUAUAUAAUAUAAUCUGUGCCUUACAUACAAAAAAAAAAAAAAAUAAAUGAAUUUUUCACGAUAUUAUCAGGACAGUCUUGUACUAUGCAUUUUAUUACAUAUACUUUUGCAAGUUUUAAACAUGCAUACAAUUAUUUUUAUAUUCGAACGGUUCGUGUACAAUAAAUUAUUUAUAUAAUUUGUUUUCGUUGUAUACAAAAUAAUAUCGUAUAAUAUUAACACGUAAAACUUUUUACUUUAGCAAAUUUAAUUCAUAGUUAAUUAAAUUAAAAAUAAGAAAAAAAAAUGUUUUUGUCGUCUCUUAAACGAUUUUCUACGAAUAAAAACGGUUAAAUGGUAAGUAUAUAUACUUUUCCCGGACGACGUUUUAGAAUUUUUUAUGGACAUUUAUAUAUUUUUUCUUACAAACGUGUAAUCUUAUUAAAGUUUUCUGCCGUUCGUGUGCAUUGUUCUCAUUAUAUUUAUUUUGUUUGUUGUGAACGAACACGCGAAUUCUUUUUUAAAAGUUUCUAUUCAAUUAGCAUAAAUCGGUUUUUUUUUUCGUUUUUGUAAUAAUAAUUACUAUCUAUUUUCCCUCGAAAUCAAAUAAAUCACCCCUAUCACUAGGGCAAUUUAAAAUAAUAUCCACAACAGUAUAGUAUAAUAUUGUUAAAUAUACUUAUAUCUAAAAAAAAAAAUUAGUUAUUUCAUUGAAAAACACGACAAAAAAUCCGUUUCGUACUUUUUUGUGUAUCCACCGAAUAAUAUAUUAUAUUAAUACGAUUUUAUGAUUGUGUUGCAAAAUUAGGUAAGCCAAUCGGGGCCGAAUCAAGUGGUGCUCAGAGACGUCCAGCGACACAUGACGGGGAAAUACCGAUGCGAGGUAUCGGCGGACGCACCGUCAUUUCACACCAAAAUCGUAUCCUCUUGGAUGCACGUCGUAUGUAAGUAUGAUGAUUGUUAUCGUGUUAUAGUAAUAAAAAACCCUAUAGAUUUAUUUUUGUGCAUGAUAUUAUUAUAAAUUAACGGGACGAGUUCUUUGGUGAAGUAUAUAAAAUACACAAAUUAACAAGUACUUAUUUAAAAGUAUUUAAUGUAAUAUUAGAAUAACGCAAAUAACAAUGAAAAAAAAUAAAUGCCCUAAAUUAUUUGUGUGACCUCAUUACCUCAUUAGUUAAUUUCAUCGUUUAUAGGACGGGUUUGUUAUAAAAAAUAUUGAUAACUUACGAACAUUUCCAAGUAAUAUCAUCAACAGUGUGUUGGCCAUCUGGGAAAAUACGUUCUUAUAAAAUGAUUAGUAAUUAUUAUUAUUUUUUUUUUUUGUAUCCAUAAAAAAAAAAAUAACCUUACAGCACUUUUGUUUGAGUACCCCUCGUGCCGUAGUAAGGUUUUCAAUUUUCCCAUAUUCCGACCGAUUUUCACGCGAAUUACGUGCUUAUAUAGUACUUUUCGAAUUGAUAGUAAAAUGAGAAAAUCGGUAAUUCAAUCACUUAUUACUAGAUUUAUCCGUAAGAGAAUUAUACCAGUGAAUGUACUACAUGACAUUUUUUUGAAAUUUUGAAAUAUUUUCUUCUCCUUAAAAGCCAUGGAUUAGUAAUUUUGGUCUUACAUAAAGAGGAAUUUAUUCAACAGUAUUGCGUCAUAAUAGUUUAAAUACCCGCAAGUUUCAUUUAAGAGCGGAUCCAGGAUAAGAACAGAGGGUGAGAGAGUGUUUUUUUAAUAAUUCAGCAAAACCGAAAACAAGAUAAAACGGGGAAAUUUAGGAUAAUAAUGCAUUUAUUAUUUUUAAUUUUGUUUAUUUUUUCUUUUAAAUUCUGUGUGGAACGAGGAAUGUAUUGGUUUAUAAUAAUUUUUUUUUUAUGUGAAUAUUUUUUCUACCAAAAAGUAUACUCUGAUUAUCAAAUAUAGUACCUUUUCUAAAAUCAAAUAUUCUCUGGGUAGUACUUUAAAGAGGUCAUUUUUUGAAAUUCUCAUUAAUAUUUGAGAUAAUGAGGAAAACCUUAGUUUUGGGUUAAAAAAAGAUUGAAAGUAUUAAAAUAAGGUUGUCAAUGGCAACCGUUUUUAUAUACUUUUUGCUUUUUUAAAGUUUUUAUUAUUUUAAUAUUUUUUAAACAAUCAUUGUUAUCAUAAAAACGCACAUUGUUGUAUUUUUUUUACCAUAAUACACUAUAAAUUAUGUUGUUGACAAAGCAACACUAUCAACUGAACUCUGCUCAGAAUCGGUUUUUUAUUAGCAAUGGUUUAUCGUUGCUGACGAAUAUAAAUUAAAUAACUUGAUGUAUUCUAUCUCCCUAACUUCCCUAACUUCCCACCUACAACAGUGGCACACCCAUUCACAGUAUCGUUAUGUUUUUUGUGUUACAACUUUUAUGUAUCACAAAAUUCGAUUUUCAUACCUAAAAUACUAAUAAUUAUAAGUAAGAAGCUCUCCUUACAAUGGUCGAUAACAGGGCGGAACUAACCAAAAUAUUAUUCCUGGUUUAAAACUAACAAACAUCAAAACAAACUUUCCCGUUUAAAAUAGUGUAGGAUUGAAUAGGAUAGGACAGGAUAAUCUAACCUAAACGUUUAUUUUUAAAUGGUGUUAAAUUCAUGGGGAAUGUGAUUUUCAUUGAAGGGUCGAAAUUUAAAUAUGACGGUUAAAAUAAAAUUAAUACCAUCAUACUAUUAUAAUUCGUAUAAUAUGUGUAUACAAGAAAGAACGCAAGAAAAAAAGUAAUAAACAGUCCCUCCUCAGUCGUAGUUUCCUGAACGUAAAUAAUUCGAUUGUUUCGAAAUGUUAAUACAUCACUGUCGCGCGCCGUGUUUAUAAUAUCGUCUCACAUUUUCGUUUUGAAAAAUUGCAAUUUCGGUUUAUCGCCCGGGUUUCGACAAAGAACUAAUUAAACUCCGUGCAAAACACGACACGCGCCGAAACAAGUGAUUUAGUUCCGUAUUUAGUCGUCGCUCGGGCGCGUUUGAAAAACAUCGAGUGGCAAUUUAUAAUUUUGUUUAGCGUCGUCACGCAUUUUAUAAUGUACCGUACACCUACCUACAAUCUGUUUCGGUAUUAAAUUUCAAACGACAAUUUAUUUAUUAUUAUUAUUGUUAUUAUUAUUUUUUUUUUUUUUUUUUUUUUUUUUAUAAAUGACUGAGCGCUGUUACGCAAUAUACAGUUAAUAAGGGAAGAGGGAAGGGUGAGUGAAAUGUUUCUCUUUGUAAUUUUUUUUAUUAUUAUUAUUAUAAUUAUUACUAGACGUGUAUAGGCGCCGACCGCACAAUAAAUAAAUGUUUUUUUUCUCUUUUUGUACAUUUAUAAACUUCGGGUCAUAAAUAAUAACGAGGGGCUUAAAAAGAAACAUUUGUCUAAUUUUAAUAUUUUCUUACGCGGAUAAACCACGGCACUUUUUUAAGUUCAACCCAAACGUAUACGAGUAUAAUAUACAUAUACAUAUAUUUAUAUAUAUAUAUAUAUAAAAGUAUAUAAAGUGUAUACCUUAAUUUAAAGGGUAUUAUAUUAACUCUUAUUAAAAUUUUACCAUUAAAUAUGACGUGUAUAUACGCGAUUCUAUUACACGCACGACUUUAAUAAAUACCUAAAUCUACAUUAUUAUCAUGUUUCUGGUCCCAGAAGAGUUUAAGUCAAUUUUCGUUUAAUUUAUUUAAUUUAAUCUUAAGAAAUGUUUUCUAUUAAUAAUAAAAUAAUAUAAUAUUGAUUUUAAUCGAACUGCUUUUAUUGAAAACAAAAUUAAAACUAAACCAUAAAUACUUAAUAAGUUUAACAAUACCUACUUUAAAGUCUUUUAAGAAGAUUAUCGAAUGGAAAUCAGUAUUCAUAUUAUUUUAAAAUUGCAUUUUCCCGUUAUAUGAUGUAUGUUUUUUUUUUUUCCCCAAUAUUUGAUAUCACCCAUUCAUGCAGACGAAUAAAAUAAUGACCGUAUUAUGAAUAUUAAAUUAUAAAUUAUAAAACUACACUAUUCACGAAUAAAAUAAAAACGAUGAGUGGCCAAAAGCAGAGCAAUUUAUCGUAGACAGUGACUCCAUCCUAUGCACUGUUAAAAUUGUAAUGUAUUAUAGUAUGUUAGAUUAUGUACAAAUGUAUGUAUUUUUGAAAAUUAAUUUGCUUGUAUUGAAAACUGGACAAAAUCGACAUUUAAGCUGUUCAACGAAUGGCUUCGAUUCAACGUUAUUGUAUAAGUAGUCGAUGUAUACAGGGUGAAUUUUAUUUUAUCACGAUCCAGCGAUUACCCAUGGAGAUUUUGAGUAAAAUAGAUUUUUGUUUUUCGGUCGUUGCGUAUUGUUGAUAUUUUUGAAAUAUUUAAACAAUAAUUUCAGUGUUACCCGUAUAAACCAAAAACGCGUACUAUCGCGGUUUCUAAUUUCAAAUAGUGAUCCGGUCUCAUUUUUAAACCUGCAAACUUGGGUAAAAAUUUAAAAAUAUAGUAUUAAAAUAACACUUACACAAUUUUACCUUAAUGGUUUAAAAACAAAACAACAUAAAUUAAAUUCAUACUUAAAACCGCCGGAUCACGAAGAUAAAAAAAUCACACCGCGUAGUUUGACAUAAACGUUUCUUAAACGAUAAAAACUACGAUAAAACGUUUUUAUAUUUUUCCAAUUUCUCGACGGGGGUCUGAAAAACGGUAAAGUCGUCCGUAGAUGCUGUCUGUUUGAAUCGCGAUGAACCAAACUGAAUUUUCUUUUCUCGCAGAUCCGUAUAAUAUGUAAAAAAAAAAAGAAAAGAUAUUUGCGGUCAACGCAAUAGGCUGAACGUGAUACUAAUUAUUACAAUAUUAGUGAUUCAAACAGUCUAAAAUUUAUCUCUAUCAAUCCGUCAAGCGCAAAUCGUUAUUUCCGUUUUAAUAAAAAAUAUAAAUAUAUAAUGGAAUAAUAUUUCAAGGUAACCGCAGUACAACGUGGAAGUGAAACCACUAUUGGAAUAAUAAUAUUUUUUGAAACGACAUUUCUAUGGGAAGCAUAAAUUAUGGCAAAUAUUACACAUGCAAAUAAAACCGUAUUUUUCAGGAAUAUUAUAUUUGUUAUAUAUUGUAGACUAUUACCAAUUGAUAUAACCAUGUCUUAAUAUUCAGUUUGUCGGUAUAAACCAUCAAUAAAUAUGUUUUGCUGUGUUAUCAUUUUUAUUCAUUUUUUUACACCCAAGCCCCUAGGCCCAAUAGAGGGUUAAGGUUUAUAGUUAUCUACAGAUUACUGCAAUAUUGCGUAAAAAAUUGUUUUAAAAUCAGUUUAAAAAACUAUUGACUUGUUAUAAUAUUAUGUACCGAUUUGAUAAUAUUAAAAUAUAAGCGAUUCCUGGAAAAAAAAAACGCUGAAUUAUAAGACCACCGAAAGAAAAACCCAAUUUUUUAUAUGUAGGAUAUGAGCAAUUCGGUAAAAGAAUCUAAACAGAAAAAAUCCUCAUAUUUUAAGGCACAGCAUAAAAAAAUCGGAGAGCUAUAAUUUAUUAGAAUGUAUUUUGUCGGAAAUGGGUUUUUUGGAAACGUGUUUUCUCGGAAUCAUAUUUUGUCGGAAAAAUAAAACGUUGGAAAUUAUUUUGUCGGAACCGAAUUUCGUUGAAAAAAAUAAUUCAUCGGAAAGUAUUUUGUCGGAACUGUUUAGUAUAAUUUAAUCAUAAUCACUCCGCUACUACAUAAUAUCGUCGUUGGGUAAAAAUUAUUUUCUGACAAAAUACGGUUGAUAACAUAUUUUCCGACUAAUUAUUUUUCAGAAAAACAACUUUCCAAAAAAAAAACACAAUUUCGACAAAAUACGUUUCCGACAAAAUAUUUUCCGACUUAUUAUAUUUCCGAAAAAAAAAAAAACUAGACAAAAUAUUUUCCAAUAUUUUACGCGUUCCCCAAAAUCAGAGUAUUUUUUAAUGAGCAAAUAACAGCAAAAGAAAUAAAAAAAGAGCCGAUACUAGAAACGGUUGUGGUUACUGCUGUUUGUAGGUAAUUGGGAAUGUGGGAUGCAUUAAGUUAUUUAAUGUAUACCUGUAACCAACGAGAAACCAUUGCUAAUGAAAAACGAUUUGGAGCGAAGUUCGGUUAUACAAUGUCAUGUUAAAAGCAAAUGGACACAACAAAACCGCUAGUUUUUAUAAAUAAUGCUGAUUUCUUGCAACUGUCCCCACCAACAACAGUGGUCUACCAGUUAACACUUUUAAUGGCACUAUUACAAGAUUAGUUAUUCAAGUUUGAAUAUACAUAAAAUUAUCAGCGUUUAAUAAAAAAUAAUACCUUGUUUGCUUGCAUUCGUAAUAUUAAAAAAAUAAAACUUAACAAUUUUUGUUUUUUUUUCUAUGGUGAAAAUUUUAUUUCUUAAGUAAGUCUAUAGCGCGAGUUAUUUUUUCCCGCGCAAAACAGUUUUUACAGUCGAAUUACGGUACGCCCUCUUAAUAUAUUUUUUUGUACUUCUAUCUCGACCAAAAAAUCGGGUAGAUCCACGGUGACGACGAGAAAGACGGUGUUUUUUUUUUUGCACACACCGAGUGUGAUAAACGCGGACGUCUAUUCCACAACGCGACGACGACGGCCGCGACGGCACGCUAAUGGGUAAAACACUUUUCACGAGUGUUUAGAAUAAACACAAUACCUAUUGUACUCAGUAUUAUUAUAAUAGUUGAACGAAAAUGGAGUUUCCGAAUAUUACAUUUUUUUUUUUUUUUUUUUUUUUACGACAACGCUUGGCGGUAUUCCUUGAUGAUGGGUAUUACCCGUUAUUUCAUAUGUUGCAGUACAACGAACAGUCGUUCCUGAUAAUAUAUAAAAUCAUAAAUAUUUUAAAAUAUCUAAAUAAUGACGACGAUAAGAGAUAAUAAUAUUACUAGAACAAUUAUCUGGAUUCACGACGAAAUAAAUGUAUAACAAUAUCUAGACAAACGAAAACAAAUUUGUAUCUAGAAAAAUAAAAAAAAAGUUAUCUCGAUUAAAACUAAAUGAUCAAAGUCUACCAAGUGAAACACAUCUGAAUUUCAAAACAAAGGCCGUGUGAUCAAAGUUAAUUAAAUGUUAAUUUGUAAACCAUACACUAUAUUUAACUAUAUAAACAUAUUUUACCUGUUAUUUUGAAUAUAUAUAUAUAUAAUAAUGAUGAUUUGUCUAGAUCAUCGUUUCUUAAUCUGGGGUCACAUCGGUUAGAAAUAAUAAUAUUUAUCGCUCAACAAUAUUUCACUUACAUUAUAAAUAAAAAAUGAAUACGUAAUUAAAAAAAAAAAAAAAUGCUUGAAAAAUAAAUAAAAAUCGUUAAAUUAUACGAGUAUUUCAUAUCUCGUAUUACGCCGAUAGAUGUGGCACCCACGGCCAAUGGCUUUUCCGACUGAUUUCUAAAUACACAACUCGAAAUGUUCUCGUAUAGUAGUUGUUGGUUUAGUUAAUGGUUAAUGAUAUAAUAUAUUUUUUAACUGGUAAAUCAGAUAAAAGCUUAUUAGUUUAUAAGGAUGUCUUGAGAUGAAUAAUUUUUUUUUUCUCUAUCAAAUUUGGGGGCCGUGGCAACAAAAAGGUUGCCAAAAAGGUCUAGGUGAUAUUAUUUUAUUUAUUUAUCUUGAGUAUUUUAUUUAAUAUUUCUUCCGGACCAGAUAAAAAAAAAUCCGAACAAAUCUAUAUCUAUAUAAAACACAAUGCUAACAACAAACAAUACAAUGGCGUAUUAAAGAGAUGAGAUUCGGGUACAUACACGUUAUACAAUAUGGCAUCAUGAUUUAUGACGGAAAUUCCAAAUUUUAAUAUCUUCAUCUUCGACAAUAUCUUCCUCCUAAUAUGCCACUGGACUAAUAUAACUCAGGGAUGUAAUAACGUAUUUUUUUUUUUUUAGUUGAAUCUUUUUUUUUUUUGGUUGUUAAACACAGGUUCUUAAAAGUAUCUGGCUCUGACAUCCUUUUUGAAGUAAUGUAUGUAUUUUUAUUAUUCGAUAAAAGUGAAUCAAGUAGAUUAUGGACUGAUGAAUAUAUUUUGGAAAAUGUGUUCGAAAAUGCCAACGUUUGUAAGGAGUGUACCAACUGCUGCAAAAAACGCUAUAGUAAUGAUAAAAUUGGUAUCGUAUAAUUUAUCGCAACAUUGUAAAAGUAUACCUUUAAUCAAUAGGCAUUUUUUGGAGGACUAAACAAAAAUUCAAGGAAACUAAUAAGAAAGAGGUACCCUAGAGGUUUUCCGACGCUCCAUUUUUUUUUUCGAUCAUCAACCUUCUCCCCAAAAUAAAUAUUAAAUAUGCCACUGAUAUAAUUGUAUGAUUUUAUUUUACGUUUAAAGAUAAUAGUUUAGAAUUUAAACGGUGUUGCGAACCAAUAUUGUCACAGCGGGAAUAUGAAAGAGGAUUACACCGAAUUGAAUUUAUUUCCGAAAUCGAGGCUCGUCAUACUGCCGCUGUGUAAUCAACCAUAAGAUUUGUGUGUUGUUGAAACGCCGUUAUAUUUUUGUCAAAGCCUAUAAAACGCCAAACCCGAAGAGCCCAAGAUAUUUAUUAUACGAUUUAUAAAUAUUGUUAAUUAAGACCUUAUAAUUCCCGAGAGUUGCAACGACACUGGAGCAGUGUGUAUAUAUAUAUAUAUAUAUAUAUACAAUCAAAUUUAAUUAAAAUCUGCGAUGCUUUUGAUAAUAAAGCCGGCAACUCGAGCAGCAAAUAAUAUUUUUAUGUCGAGUGAUGUUCGCGUUGAAUAUAUUAUUAUGAUUUAUAUGAAAAUUAAUUUAUCUCUUGUCGGCGUGUAUAGGCUUACAUAAGAAAGUAGAGUAGACUCUUCUGUCCUAGUCGCAUUGGUCAACUUCAAUAUGGUUCCUCUGAGAACUACUAGAACUACUGUUCCUUUCCUUAUUACCAACUCUACCACUAAAUACCUAUAGAGUGAGUUUAUUAGGCGACUAAUGUCUCCUAAUGUAUUAAUUUGAAAAAGACUCCUCCUUAUUACAGUCAAAUUUUAAUGUUUAUGUAUAAUUCUAUUAUAACUCAUCUGAUAUUGUACUUUUUGUUAUCUUGCUUAAUACUAUUAUUGUAUUGAGGUCUAAUAAAAUACGAGUAAGUAUUAUCGUAGUACAUAAAAAAAAAGACGGACAUAUUUUUCGCACGUGGGUUCGCUACUGUUGUAGAUGUUAAGUUGGGAAAGUAAAGGGGAAUUUUAAUGUUAAUCUGUACACAACGAUUAACCAUUGUUAACGAAAAACGAUUCUGAGUGGAGUUCAGUUAGUAGUGUUGCUUUUAUAAAUAUACACACAUCAUAUUAUGGUAAAAUAAUUACACAUGCUUUAUAUAUUUCCUUUAAUAAUAUUUGUUUAAUAUUGUACCUGUUUUCCAAUUUAUUAUGAACACAUCUGGGUGAUUCAAAAAACGACUUUCCUAAAGUAUCAUUCCCAGUCUUAUUUCCUUUCAGAAAAUGUGUUAUCAUAGUAAAUCGGAACAAAAUUGUUGGUAAAAAAGUUGUUCCACAGAUAAAAAAAAUAAAUAAAUAAAUAUCAUGUAAAACCAAUACAUUCUUUGUUCCACUCAGACUCUAAAACCAUAAUCAUAUUAUUUUAUACAUCGGUGAUUAUGGUUUCUUUUUUCAUGUUAUAUUAAUAAUACUGGUAUAAUUUCGAAAUUUUUAUUGUCAUCGACUGUUGCUCCGGCGUUGGUGGUACAAAAAUAGAAAACUGUAUAAAAAAUGGCCAAUAAUGCUCAUAAGUGUUCUAAGAAAUAAGUUGGGAAGAUUACAUAGGAUUACAUAGGUUUGAUAACAUAGAAUUAUUUAAUUUAUAUCGCAACAGUAAAUCAUUGCUAUAACGAAUUACGACACUCUUAACAAAGGUUUGGUUAAAUAAUAUGUUUUAAAAUGCAAUUAUUUUUUUAUGGUUUUAAUUUAAGUUUUAACUUCAAACUCGUAUAAAAAAAAGACUACUUAAUACGCUCUACUUUUUUUCCAUUAAGUACAAAUUAUAAUAUACUUCGUGUAAAAUUAUCAAGCAUUUAUGACGGGUUAAAAUAAUUUGAUUUGCAUUAAACCAAAUAAAAACUAAAAACGUGAUAAAUUCCGAUGCAUAUAAAUAUCUUAAAAUUCUCCAGAAUGUUUCAGAACAUGAAACAUUGUCUAGACAAUGCUACUAUAAGUACAGUGGAAUUUCAAUAAGUAAAAAUUUAAGAGAAAUAUAAUUUUUAUAUUUUCUAAAUUUUUUAAGUUUCUAAAAUUAUUUUUAACCAAAUAACAAUAACAAAUCAAAAUUGAACAUAAUGAAAUGGUUAUUUCUGUAAACGAUCCCGUUUUUCUUAUGUUUUUUCACUAUUUAUUCCAUAGUAUUCAACGUAAACAAAUUAACAAAUUGUCGCAUCGAUAAAACGAAAUAUUGUUUUAGGCACUGUUAAGGAAACGUACGACAUAUCGUAAAUUAAUCAAUUAAUCACUGUUUAGCGAGUAACAAUAAUAAAAAUCAUUAAAAUAAUAAUAUUAGAAUAUUCGAAAAACUCUAAUUGGAAAAUUAAAAUUAAUAUUUGAAAUGGAUUACAAUAAUGUCUAUACUUAUAAAUAAUGACAACAUUGACAUUAUAAUAUCUAUAUAAUUUUUGUCUUACGCUCAAAUCGAAUUAUAAACAUUCAUUUACACAUACCUGGAUUUAACAGUUGAUGUCAAUAUUUUUAAUGGAAGUAAUAAAUUCAGACAUAUUUCACGCUAUGGGUAGGCCACUGUUGUAAAUGGGAUGUUGAAGGAAACACGUAGGAUAUUAAAGGGUAAUUUAGUUUAUAUACCUACCUAAAGCAACUUAAAACAAUCGCGAUUAAAAAAUGAUUUUAAGCAGAGCUCGAUAGAUGGAUAGACUGAUAUUUAUAGUAUAUACAAUAUAUAGUAUAAUAGUAUUGACGUUUUAUUAAAUAUUUUUAGAAAAAAUAUCGAGAAUCUAGAAGAAUUGUUCAAAUAGAAUACAAUCACUGGGUAAAAAAUUCGCAUAUUUUAAUCUUUUAUACGAUGCGAAUAUUUUUUACCAUUUUUAGUAAUCAAAUAAAUGUUUUCCGAGAAAGAAAACAUAUUUUAGUAAAACCGUAAUAUCUUGUUCUAAAACUGAUAAAUGCAAUGUCGAUAUAGCGACUUUCUGAAAAAAAAAAAAUGUUUACCUAUCUACUAUAUACAAAAUAUAUUAUGAUACGACUUUAAAAUAAUGCUUAAGUCAUAUAGAUAGUACAGAAAAAAAAAACAGGCCGUCUGGCUUACAUCUGGCAACUAAUAAAAUAAUUAAUGCUAAUGUUAUUAUAACUUAUUGUUUUUAACUUUCUGUACAUUUGUUUAACGGCUACUAUUAUAAGAUAAAUCAAUAAUUAAAAAAUUUUCGUGGUCGCCUAAAAACAAUAUGAUUUUGCAUAAUGGCUCCAUGCGGCGGCAGUUUAGUUUUAUUAAGUCUAAAUUAUAAUAAAUAUGUACUUGAUUGAUGAUUUUAUUGUUUCAUCUUCUAUCACCUGCAAGUCACGUCAGGUGUUUUAUCCGUGUCUUCUGUAUAGAUACAUUAAUAAAUUAAUUAUAUUAUGACCCAUACUAAGUAAGAUAAACAAUGCUUGUUGGAGGAAUCAUGGAAUAAACGAUACAAUAUAUGUAUUUACACCAUGCAAUUGUCAUUGAUUAUCCAUCUAUUAGACUUGAUAUGGCUUGGAUAGGCUUUGGAUACAUUAUGUUUAUAUAUUGAUUACUCAUAAUGAAUCUCAUGGCAUAAUAAAAAUACAGAAGUGUUUCAUCAAACAUUGAUCCUAACUAUUGUUUUUUUUCUCGCUCAAUAUUGUUCACAAACAUCAUAGGCGGAGAGGGGGGAUGAAGAAAAAGCAGUUCGGUUCGUUUAGCGCAGUCCAUUAAUGGUGGCUAUGAUAUCAUUGUCAUUAGUGGCCUGUAUAUCUUUUUCACAUUGGGAAGGGAUGCAAUUUCCUAUUACCGUUACAUAAAAUAAAAUAAAAUUUUCAUUAAAUUUUUGGUACAAGCCAUUAUAGGCCAUAACCAUUUUCAUUAGACUAUUUUUAUUAAUUUUUUUUUUUUAUAUUCAAUGAAAACAAUAAUAUUAGGUGUAUAAAAUAUUUUGUAUCAUCACGUUUCAAAAUCAAGUCAAUUUGUCUAGGCUUCAUUUUAAACAUUUCAUCUAAGAGCUUAAGCAACUAUAAUAAUAUCAAUAAAACAGACGAUAAUUACAGGAAAUUCAUAAAGCAUAAAUCAGUUAUAAAAAAAUAAAGAAAUAAAAAUUUCAAGGAGAGAUUUGAUGCCCUCAUCUCCUUCUCGUGAGAAUGCCUCCGGCCGUGAUAUUUCAAUGAUUAACCGCAAUUUUAUCGAGUUUUCCACUUUUUUUCACUGUAUAAUUAUAAUAACAAUACGACAGUAUAAUAUCUUUCCGGAUAGCGACGAGAUCGCGAGUUUAACGAUUAAGGAUUAUAAAAGUAAUUAUAAGCCUUACUCGGGUAUAUAUAGUGUAUAGUAGGAGGUUUCUUUUUUUAACGGCGUGAGGGCCGACGACGUCGAAUAAUAACAGUACUAAUAAUAUUAUUGUUUCGAAAGAAAGUCGUUAGUGACAGCUGCGGUUUUUUCGCGGACCGAGUCGUCGUGUAAAUUUUAAUCCCCAUAGUCGCCGCCGCCGUCCGAAAGGACGAAAAUAUACAUAUAUAAUAACAAUGACGAUGACGGUAUGGAAUCUCACACCCGGGAGAAAGAUCCGAAACAAAUAAACCGAACCGACCAACAGAAAAAAAAAAAAAAAAUCGAGCGAAAAAAUACCAAAUAUAAAAGUUAUAUGGUACUAGGUUUUGUACUUCGCACGCGAGCUUCCUCCUUCAUCAUCUCCUCGUUUUCCUAACCCGUUGUUCCCGUUCCUCCUGACGUUUGCCCGAGAACUUUUUCGGCUCUUCUGACAACAAAAACAACAACAGGAGGAGCGGUGGAAUACAUAUUAUCUCGCAGUGUUAUUUUUUUCGACCGGGAUCUCGAGCGCAAAUAAAAUGAAAGAAAAAAAAAACCCCGAAAAAAUUGUGUCCGUCCGUUUUGUGCGCUAUAUAUAUAACUGCGAUGACCCAAAACGUUUUCGUUAUUUUAAUAUUAUCAUAACGUUGUUACAAUAUUAUUAUUCCGCAGGACGUGCAUGGCAAUAAACGUCUAAAUAUCAUCCAUUGGUGGUUUAAGGAUAGGACCCUGCAGCAAUAAUUGCACAGCGUAUUUAUUUUGUUUUUUUUUUUCCACGGUAACCCGAUAAUUAUUUGAGGUUAGAUAUAAAAACAAGUGGAAAAAAAAAACCCAAAUGGGAAAAAAAGCAAGUGGUUAUUAUUAUUAUUAUUUUUUAUUAAUGUAAAGUAUUAAAAAAAAUAUUUAUAUUAAUAUUAUUGAUAUUUUUCUCGAAUUUCCCCCAAAAAGAAACGAUGUUACUCUUUAUUUAUCCGUGUCCGUUAUGUAUAUUUUAUUUCUUCUUUUCUUACAACUUUUGGAUACUUUUAGCGGCUCCCUCUGGACCAAAAAAGUUCAAACUCGAAAAUCAGAAUUUUUUUUAGAAGGAACAUUAAAGUAAUAGAAGUUGGACUAAAUGCAACCAUCUUAUUCCUUAAGGAUGGUGUUUGUUUUUUUUUAAACUCCUCUAUAUCCCUCCCCCGACAAGAAUUCCAGGGAGAUAGAACGUCAUAUAUGCAAUCAUAUAUAUAUCAUGGAAGUGCCUUUUGGAGGUUUCAACUUUCAAAACUUCUUCAAAUGCUCUAUGCUCUAAUUUUAUUUUAUUUUUUUAAAUUUUGAAUAUAGCAAAAAAUGUAUUGGUUUUGCUAAGAUGUUUAUUUAUUUAUUUAUUUUUUUUAUACUGUGUACAAAAAUUUUACUAGUUUACUAAAAUAAUACUCUUAUUAUUUUUCAAUUUUGUUAUUUUUUAUAACUUAGUUAAAAAUUCGUAGAGGAUUAAAAUUUGAAAAGAAAAUGUAUAUUUGCCUUUUCCAUACGUAGUUAAAUUUUUAAAAUUUUAAGCCAUUUCUAAACUAUUUAUGGACAUUUUAAUUUUGCGAGUUUUGUACGUAAUUUUUAUUCGAUAGGUACUCUAUGGUAAAAUUGGUAGACUUCAUAGAAAUGAUUGAAAAUAGUAUAGGAGGUUCAUUGGGAGUCUUACUUUGUGGUAAAAAAAAAAGAAUUGUACUUUUUUUUUUUUUUGCAAAGGAAUUUCAAUAUCAAUUCUUGACGAAAAUCGUUGAGUAAAAAAUGAUGUGGAACAAAUAUAAAUUUUCAAUUUUUUUUUUUUUUUUGAAAAUAUGUAUAUUACCGAUUCAAGAACGAUGGUGAAGUCAGAACUAAACCGAUUGACUAAGUUUCGAAAUUAUAGGUAUUUAAAUUUCUGAUAUUAUAUGCUAUGUUAAAUAAUUAAGUAUUGUAUUUUAUAAAGUUUGUUUUAUCAUAGCUGAAUCGUUGUAUAUACCUGUUUCCAUCCUAGGGUUUUGCGAGUUCGAACUCGUGUUUCAAAAAAACAUUGUUUGCAUUUUUUUUUUCAUUUACAUAAACAAGGAAAAAACAAAUGCAUUUCGGGUGUACCUGGAGAUCCAAGCCAACGCUCACUCAGACUAUUUUAAUCGCAAAAUACCCCUCGAUUUGUUGUGCAAACUUUUCUACCAAAAAUCUUGCUCCGAUGAACCAAACCGGAAAACCGGAAAAAUGGGACAAUCGAUACAGUUUUUAACACAUAUUAUUAAAGAAAAUAUUUAAUGCAUGUUUAUCAUCAUACGACACAUAUAUUGUUGACAAAGCAUCACUAUCAACUGAACUGCGCUCAGAACUGUUAUUUUAAUAGCAAUGGUUUAUCGUUGAAUACAGAUAUACAUUAAAUUACCUAUAACUGUUUCUACACCCUACCACUGUUCUAAGACGUCUUUUUUUUUUUUUUUUUUACACGAAAAUUCGUGUUCUGUGAUUGCUCAUUUUUUUAUUUACACGAUAGUAAUUUAUUCGGCUAUAACCAUAAAUCGAAAAAACGAUUCUGAGCCGAGUUCAGUUGAUAGUGUUACUUUGCAAUGAAAAACAGGGUGUCCCACGAGGAUCCAACAAAUGAAAUAAUUUUUGUUCUAUUCAAUAAUUUUGAUAUACAUUUUUUUUAAAUAAUUAGUAUGCUUCAAUGCUACAGUUUAUUUAUGAUCAUUUUUUUUUUUGUAUGGAAGACUACUAAAAAUAAAAAAAUUUUAAAUUUUAUUUAAAUUUUUUUAAAAAAAAACCGGAAUAUCCAUUUUUCAUUUCGAAUUCUCAUGGUAUACCUGUAAAUGUUAUAUUAUAAUACAAUUAUUACAACAAUAUGCGUUUCCAUUACAAUAAUGAUUGUUUAAAAAAAGAUUUAAAAUAAUAAAAAUAUAAUAAUAACAAAAAAUAAAUAAAAACGGUUGCCAAUGCCAAUGUUAACUUUAAUCUUUCAAUCUGUUUUAACCUAAAGAACCAUAUUUUCUUCAUUAUCUCGAGUAUAAAUGAGAACUUUUAAAAAAUGACCUCUUUAAAGUACUACGCAGUUAACGUUUCUUUUCAGGAAAUUUGGUAUACUUAAUAAUUGGAGCAAGGUUUCUGAUUGAAGAUGUGUUCAUAUAAAAAAAAUAUACUUAUUUGUAAAACUAAUACAUUGUUCGCUAAUCUCAGAAUCUAAAACAUUUCGCCAUAGUAAUAUAACACUGUAUAUUAUGUUGUCUGAUUAAAUAUUAAAAUACAGGUCGUUUGAAAAAAAAUUAUAUUGCGAUUUAAUAAUAAUAUUAUUAUAUCAAAUUAUACACAUCUGUAUUUAAAUGUUACAAAUCUUCGAACUAUUAUUUUUAAUAAUUCUAUACAAUAUUAUAACGCGUGUUGGUUUCUGGACGAUAUGAUUUCUGAGUCAUUGUGAAUUAGCAACGUAUUUUCGGGAGUGGGGUUUUGAGGGUUUACGCCCCGCUUUAGAGGUACACAACCUUCUAUAAUAAUAGUGGACUCAUUACAAUUUAGUCUAAAUUAUGUUAAUAUACCCCUCCUCCCAUAAAAAAAAAACAAGUAAUGAAUACUCCACUGAUUUCGACUUAAAUCAAAGUCUCGUUCGGUACGCGAAAUUAUAAGAUUAAAAACAAAAGGGUCUUCGAGGUUUUCAUUAAACCAUGGUUUCAUUCUAUUGCAAUAAACAAACAAAUAUAUUUGCUUAGGAAGACUGCUUGCAGCUAUGCAUUUUCUUUCUUUCGGUUUAUGAUCGUAUAAUAUGGUGACAGUAGUGUAUUUUUAAACGAACCGUAUUGAUUUUGUACGAAAAAAAUUCUCUAGUGUUUUCCGGAUCGAAAAAUUAAUGCCAUGUCGCCUUCGCCGGAAAUACAAAUUUAAUCAUUAUUUAGAUUUUUGCAAUUUAAUAUUUUGACGAGUAGAUGUAAUAUUUUCGUUAAAAAUAUAAUUUUAUAAAUUCUGAACGGAGUUUGAUUUCAUUUUUCUUUCCAUGAACGAUAUAGUUUUCUAAACUACACAUCGUUAGUAUACCUAUAGCUUCCAAACUAUUUUAGCUCUUUUUGAGUUUGGUAUUUUCCUUAGACUUUUGGAGAUAAAAUUGUUUUCAACUCGGUUCUACAUUCUUUACUACCGUUUGAGCUAAAUAUUUUUUACAUCAAUUACACCAUAGAAAUAUCUAUUAUUUUUCAGAGUGGAUCCAAUAUAAUGUUAUAAUAUUUCGAUUGUAAAUAAAUAGUGUUUUAUUUUUGCAAUAUUUUUUCACAGACACCGAUUUUCGACGCUCUGAAACAAGUUUUAUAAGUUCACAUAAUUCGAUCGUGAUUUAACAGAAUUUAAUAUGCUCGUGCUGCAAAAUUAGAAAACUUAAUUUAAUGUCCGUUGUUUUUGUUUUUUUUUUUUACAAGUGUAUAAUAACAUAAUUGCGGCCAUAACACGUAUAACCGAAAGAAACCGAGAAGUAUAAUCUGUUUUAAGAUACUUGUUUAAUUACUAUAAUAAUUAUAAUUGUAUAUAAAUCGAGUGUACUUACAACCUAAUAAUAAUAUUAUUAUAUACACGAGUAUACUGCAUCCACAAUAUUAUAUUCUCGCAAACUUGUAAGUCAUAAACAAACAAUAGGGUGCGCGGUAAUUUGUCUUACGACGUUAUAACCGUCUUAUUUUUACGUGAACGCACAUAUCAAUUAUCGCUAAUCCGUUGAAAAUUAGGGUUGCCGACCGUCCGAUUUCAGCGUUUCAUCUGGUUAAAUUAUUUAGAUAUAGGUGUAAUUUUAUCUUAUACAUAUUAUGUUUUAUUCAUUAAACCGGGUAAUCUCCUCCGUUAUCCGAGAUAAUAAUAUUAAAUUAUUAAAGCGUCUUGAAAAAUCGUUUGAUAUCAUAUAAUCGAUAUCACUUAAUAUUAUAUUUUUUAUUUAUAGAUGUAAUUUUACAGUUUAUAUUAAAACGUAUCGUUAAUGGUGAAACACACAAACUUUUUUUAAAUUUACAGAUAUUUGCCAUAUCUGAGCUACAGUUAUAGCACUUAAUUUUAUGAUAGGUAAUGAAAUUAAAAAAAAAUUAUGUUAUUUAUCAUUAUCCAGACAUUUAAAAUUGUAUCUUUGUGGAAUAUUGAUUGUAGAUAAUAUUAUAAAAACGCUAUAUUAUUGAAUUUAUACCGUACCUAUAUCUCAUUAUUUAUUUUGCAGCUGAAUCUACAAAAAUAUGUGUAGUGGUAUACUUUGGUAUAUGGUAUCAUUCUUAUCAAAGAGCCUGAGAAUGAACACUUUUUAAUCCAAGGUAUGGAAAAUCCAUUAUGCAUAUUAUGGACAGUACCCAGUAUUUUUUGUUAAAAUCUACAAAAAAUUGGAGUAUAAAUAUAUUUUGCAUAAACUUAUUGGGUUACUGAGUAUUAAAGUUCAUUUUUUUUCAUUGAAACUAAAAAUUCGCGAAACGGUUGUUUAAAAGUCCUUUAUUUGAGAAUAAUAAUAUUUUCUUGCUGUAUCUCAUAUAUUACUCUAUAAAAAUCAAUAUUCUAGUACCUUGGUAGAAACAAAUGUGGAAGGUGGUUAGUUAAACACAAAUUAGCUACCUAUUAAACUAAAUACAUAUAAAUAAAAACCGCAUGGUGAGAUGUGCAAUUUACGAGUUUCGGACUGUUUCUUAUUGAUUUAUUCUUGUUUUUUUUUUUUAUCUUAUCAUUAAAUCAAACGAAAGACUCUCUUGAUUCGAGAUGUGUGAUUUGCUUUAUUUAACGUCUAUUUAAAUUUUAGAAUAUUGAUUUUAGUUUUAUUAAAAAUAAAUAUUUUUCAAUUGAGGUUUGCCCUAGGAUAAUUCAAAUAACGGUGCCACCCCAAAAAUAUUUAUACAAGGAACAGAUAACUUAUAGAUCCUUUUUAACAUAAAAAUGUAUGAACAAUAAAAUAAAAAAAGUCCUUAUUGGGUCAAGUCCGGUCUUUGUAUAUUUUCAAACGUCCGGUUCCAUCGUUUAUUUUAUUAGUUCGGUCCGGUCCUGGACUUAAUUUCACAUCACUGGUUCAUUUUGGUUUUUGAAAACAUAAACCGUGCAGAGAUCUUGUCUAUCUGUCUUACAAAUAUAUAUUUUUAUUCCGAUAGAUACCUCGAUAGAAAUUUGCAUGCUUAACAAGCAAAAUAAGAAACAAAUCUCUUGUUUAUUUUUUACCACGAAUUUUAAUCCUUAAGGGUGGCUUUCACUUGAAAUUUGGUAUUUAAAUACGUACAAAUUUAAUUUUUUGAUUAAUUUAUGGGUGACACGGAUGAAAAAAAAACCAAUUACAAUUAUUUAAUUUGAUUAUUAAAGAAAAUGAAGUACCCUUUUUAAAACAUAAAUUAUUAUUGGGCUUCAAAAAUUAACUAUUUUAGAAAUAAGAGUACUCCCAGAAAAUUGGGGUAUUACAUGAAUAAUAGAAAUUAUCUGUUUGGUACAUGGCGAAAUUGAUCACACGAUCUGCAUGUGAAAAAUCUGAACUUUUACAUACAGAAGCCAACAAACGAGACAGUAGAUGCACCUGGAAGAUCCGAUUUCCGUAAUUUAAUAUGUUAAAGACUGAUACAGUCUUUUAUUAUUUUUAGAACAAAAAUCGAAUAUUUUUUUUGUUAGUUUGUAUUACCUUGGCCACAUAAAUAAUAAAUAAAAGUUAUUAUUUGUCGAUUUGUUGGUUAUCAUGCGGAAAUAACGGUUAAAAACGAGGAGUUUGGGAAAAAUAGCCAUUAUUCCUAAUAAGGUAUGAGUUUUUUUUUUUAAUCUCAUCCGAGUGCGACCAAAGAUAUCGACGGAAAUAAUUUUAUUUUUGUUUCGAAAAUUGGUAUGUUGCGGUAGUGUUAGCGGUGGAGUAAUGCCUGUGAGGCGGCACUGUAAUUAAAAAACCGGUAACAAAAAAUAUGUUGUAUCUCUAGUAAAAACAUACGAGUAAAUACUUGAAAAUCCACACACAUAAUGAAGGUGUUAAUUCAUCAAAUUUUGAAAACUGAGUUAUGUACAAAAAUAUCUCAGAAAAAAAUCUCUAUUUUUCGGGUAGGAUAUGUUAAACUAAUUUUUCUUAUAUCGAUCAUGUUAUAUCAAUGUGCGUUUAGGACAAAUAACGGUUUUUUAUUUUUUUUUUUUGUGUUUAAGUUUUGUCACAUUAUACUGCAGCCUGCAGUGACUUAAAUUAUAAUGUAUCUUUCAAAUGUGUCAUGUAUGUAAAAAAAAGUCAAUUAUACCUAUAUUUUAUGUUUUAUUAAUCAAUUAUAGUUACUAAAAAAUUUAUUUAAAUCUAUGUGUUAAGAGAAUUAAGACAACUUUUGUUUUUUUUUUUUUAAUUGAUAAAAAUAAAAAAAGCUGAAUUUUGAAAAUUAAAAUGUAAGAAAAUAUGUUUCACAAUAUAGAACACACUUACAGUUCUUAAAAUAUGGAUCACGUUAUGGCAUUGCGUUUUUAUUUCAAGUUUAUUUUGGCUCUUUUGAAAUGUUCUGAAUUAUUGACUUGACACCUUUUACACGCGCAUCCGCGAAUUAUUAUGUUAAAAAUAUACCACCAUCGCCGAUGCUAUACACCAGGGAUCGGCAACCUUUUUAACCGUUCGGGUCUUGUUUUUUUAAACUUUUUAUUGAGGGCUUCUUUAAUAAAAAUCAAAUUUGACAGAAUACAUAAUAACAAUUUUUAACGCUAUUAAAAAUUAUAAUGAUAUUAUAUCAGUUUACAUCAAUGUUAUAUUACAUGUAAAUAUUAUGGAUUGUUCAUAAUGAGUUUUAGUGUUUGAUCUUUUAAAAAAAAUUGCUUUUAGGAAAAAUGCUAAAAUAAAAAAAUUGUACACAAAUGCGAUUUCGGUAGCUACAAUUAAUUGUUUAGUAUAAUUUACUAAGUAAAUAGCACUGAAUUAUGGAUUUUAUUGAAACAUCAUAAGAAUGCUAUACAUUUUUGUGGGUCGUAUCAAAUGGUUAACUACUGCUUUACACGGGUCACCCAAAUCCCCUCCUCUACACCAAGCAAGUCAAAUGCAGCGGCCAUUGAUUCCUUCUUUUUUUUUUUUCGGUCCACAGCUACCCUGAAAUAUUGAAAAUAAAGAGAAAAAAAAAACCUCAUAAUGAAUACAAUUUUCAUUGUGUAUCGUAGUUAAUAUCUUAGAGUACACUAUUAUCUCAACCACCGCCAUUGUUUCGCCUGUCCAACCACUUCACAUUAUCGUGAUGCAAAUAUUUUAAUUAUCUAUAAAUAGAUCAAAAUGUUUUCAAAAAUAUACCACGUUGAUAAAACGCUAAUAUAAGUAUAUUUAUUUUCCAAACACAAAUGCUCGAGUUAAUCGAAGUCGAUACAUUUUUUAUUUUGAAAUACACUGGGGUGUUUUUUUUUUUUAAAUUAUUGCAGUACCUAAAUAAAAAAAAUUCAAUUCGGACGGUUUAUCCAUAUUGAUUCAGCGUGUAUUUAUUAUUAAUUUGUUUCCAGCCCGAAAAUAAAAUGUUAUAAUAUUAUCGUUAUUUACUUUUUACCAAUUAUUUAAAGUUACUAUAUAUAUAUUUUUUUUUUUUUUUUUUUAACACAUCAUAUUGCAUAGUUGUACGCGUGUAAUACAUAUUUUAUUGUUUUUUUUCUACCUUCUCCGGUCGAAAUAAUAAAUGGCAAAAAAUACUAAUGCAUUCACAGUAUUCCGACCGAAGUUUAUAAGUAAAAAAAAAAAAAACAAAAAUUUUUCACUACACAUAAAAGUUUAUUCGUUUUUGUGAUGUUUUUAUAGAAGAGAACAUUAUAAAAAAGUGAAAAAAAACCUGCAGGUCUGAAUAGAAAAAUUUUUUUAUGAAAUAUUAUUAUGUUUAGAUUUAAAGUAAAGCGAGGCAUGUAUUGGAAUGAUGUGUGGUAUUUAUUUGUGUCUGUAAAUAAUUUUUUUUCUAGAAAUAUAUCUCCAAUCAGAAGCUUUAUAGAAAUUUUCUUAUAGAAUUGCAGUUGAUUUAAAUGACGCGUUAAGGAGAUAUGAAAAUUAAUAACUUAUUAUGUAUCCUGCUCUCUCAAUUUUCUACCUACAACAGGGGCACCUCGGAUUAUCUCUUUUUUUAAAGAUCGUUUUGUUAAAAUAAUUUGAAAUUUUAUUUUUGAACAACAAGACUAUAUUGUACGAACAGCCACGUAACACUAUAUUUAGGAUCGCGUGCUUGUAUAUUUUAUUUAUUGUCAUGAAGCAUGCACAAGGAAUUAUUAAAUUUUUAUUUUUUCUUCCUAUAUUUUAUGUUUAUGGGUUUGUUUUUCGUAUGGAAUGGCUGAAAAAAAAAUCGAAAAUACCGUAUAAGACACUCGUUCAUUUUAAACCGUUUUAUAUUUUCAACUGCAGUAGUUACACUAUAUAUAUAUACACUGUAUCUAUAGAUACCAUAUAGAUAUACCGUAGAAAUAUUAUUUAUCAAUCCGGUGCGCCAAUUGAAAUUCUAUUGGAUAAUAUUUUGUGGAUUUCGCUGAAUGUUAAAAACGAUUGGAAAAUAUUAUUAUGUAUAUAUUUAAUCAAUAUACAAAACUAUUUUACGUGUUUAUCUAUUCAUUACGUGUACAAUAUUAUUAACGUCUCAUCGUUUUCCACGGAACAGUUCAGAUGAAACUAAUACUAUAAUAUUACAUUAGUUGUAUUACCCGGCUUUGCCCGUGAAAUAGAUGUUUUUUUCCAUAUAACCAAUGAAAAUACAAACAAAAUAAAGGCGCGAUUUUCGUAUUUUAAGGAAAAAUUUCUUGUGUGAACUCCGCAUAAGGGGUUGAAUUUUAUGACGUUUUAAGCGAAAUUGAUCGAGUAAUGGUCGAAUCUAAACAUCACAUGCAACCAAUUAAUAAAUUGUCUAUAAUAUAUUUAGAUUUAGUAAUAACUAAUAUUAAUAUUAUAGUACCUAGUAGAUAGGUGCAUAGUAUUCAAUGACAAAAUAUCCAAUAUUUUAUAAUAAUAUUAUAUAGAACUAACGAUAAAAAAAUACUAAUACUGCUGAUACUGCUUAUAGUUUUUUAGUGGAAGUUAAAAUAAAGGAUAUCUAGAGUUAUUUAAUUUGUAACCGUGCGUAACAUUAAACCCUAGCUAACGAAAAAUGAUUUGGACCAGAUUAUUAUUUGUUAUUUUCCCCUUGGUUGGAAAAGUAAACCAGAAAUUAAAACAAAUUUUACAAAAAAUUACUAAUCUUUCUCAUUUGUUAGGAAAACUACAAGGAAAAUUAAAAUAUGACUUCCUCAAUGCACUAACUAGAUACAAUAUGUACAAGAAAGUUCCAACCAAAGUUUUGAUUGAAGCAUGAUUUCUGGCCGAAAAGUUGUUUAAUUACACCAUGGAAGUUAGUGUUCUCUAUUUUCGUUUAAGAAAUAGCUUCACGGGCCGCUUACCUAUUUCAUUUUUCUAAAACUAAGUGACAAUAAAAUGAACAUAGAACAUAUAGGAGCAACUCGGCAUAUCACAUUGUCUUAAACUCAAUUAGAAAUCAGAUUUAAUAUGAUAGAUUAUAGUAGAUAAGUUUUUUGUCAAAUAUUUGAUUACACAGUUUUCUGUUCACUUGAUCACAAAUUUGAACACAUUAACAGUUGUAUUGCGGAAUCUUAAAUAAAAUAGCGUCAUAAAUUCAAUUUGAUCAAAAAUUUGGCAUGUUGCUUUUAAACGGACCUUAUCUAAACCUAACGUCCAGUCGAAAAUGACAAGGGAUACAGAUUAGUUUUAUAUAUAAAAAAAUUAUCUUUAACCCCCACCGCGACAAAAAAAAGUUUUAUGGAAAUCACCACAUUACAUAUAGCACGCGAUCGGAUUAAAUAAUUUCGGUUGCAUACACGCAAUUUUUUUUUCAUAAAAAACCCGUCGUAUUAUAUGUCGAUGUAUUUACUCUUUUUUUUUCCGAUUAAUGCCCUCCCAAAAAAAAAAAAUGUCACGAAUUUUAAAAAAAUAUCUACCGUAUUAUUACCGCCAACUAUUAUAUUAUAAUAAUAUAGCCAACGGUUCCACCCCGGCCACUGCACCGGUACACAAUAGUCGCUGUGGGCGUGCGCGAGCAUAUAAUAAUAAUAUAAUAAUUCUUCAGAAAUUCCAUAUAAUUUAAUAUAAUGCUGGUGUGAAAUCAAAAUAAUAUACUAUACCAAUAUGCUACGCGUACGCCGAUUAGGCAUACCAAUAAUAAUACGGUUCUCCGCUAUACGAGCGAUUUUGGAAAUGAAUAAUAUGCUGCGCGCUGUCUAAACACUGUUUACGCCUACUGACGGAAAAGUGAAUUACGCCGUGUUAAUCGUACGUUAUUCAACGGUCAAAAACCACCGCAAAGUACGACUUAUAAUUAACCUCCUGUUCAAUUUUCAGGCAUUUCUGUUUUGUCUAACAAUUUUAUGCACAGAGCAUCUAUCAAAUAAAAAAUAAAGUAUCUAUAAAUUGUUUUUGCAGUUUGACUGCGUAAAAAUAGGCAAAGUUUUGUGUCCGAAUUUCAAGUCUCUACGAUUAUUUUUAACUGUAUGUCAACAAAUAAGAUAAAAACAUUAUUUUCGUUAAUUUUCCGUUUUCUCCUGGGUUUUCCCAAAUAUUAUGAAAACCGCUUGGAAAAUUUAAACGUGACCUCCUAAUGUACCAUAUAGACAAUAUUUUAUUUCAGAAAUGGUGUCACACGUACAUACCGAGGCAAGAUUUAAAGUGGAAAUUUUGGUCAGAGCAUAAAAAAAAAAAAAAAUAAUAAUAAUGAACAUCUUUGUAAAACCAAUAAAUUCUUCGGUACACUCAGAAUCUAAAAAGCCAUGUUAAAUAAUAUAUUGAUUAUAUCUAUUAUAUCUACUUUUGGAUCAAUGACUAUGCCAAAUGCUAAUGUAAGCCCUCCUUAGGGACGCGCCUUAAGGGUGCCACUAAAAUAUCUACAUUGCUCGUAUUUUUAAAAAAACUAUUCGUACCAUAAUCUUCUGUUUGUUGUAUAGUGUGUGGGGAGUUUAUAAUUUGCACCAAAAUAAAGAUAUGUAAUUUGCACCAUUACUGGUAUCCGAAAAUAGUGUUUGUAAUUUUCACCAAAAUGAGUACCUAAUAUCUUUGUGUUCGAUUGUCAAAUGGCUAUUCGAUUAACCCACAUUGGUAUAAUAGAAAAUUUUAACUAGACUAUACUACUAUUUUUACAAAUCCAAAAAUGUUUGUUUUCUUUAAGAUAAGUUUAUCUUUGCAAAAAUAUUCUGUUUCUAAAGAAUGAAUUUAUAAAUACAUAAUAAAUAUACACUACUUUUAUGCAACAUUAAUUAUUAUUACAUUAUUUGAAUGAUAUUUUCAAACUUUCAUAUAUUUUUGUAAUAUUUCAUUUUCUCACUAAAAGUAAGAAAAUAUAUUAACUUUACUUUCGGUAUUAUUACCUACCCUUAUUUGUUAAUUAUUUCAAAAUUUGGUAAUUGACUAUCCGUUGUAAUCGUAUAAUUUGUUAUUUUGACCAAAUACUAAUCCAAGGGUUUCCGACUUUUCAUUUGUAGCACAAAAAUACUGAAUUAUUUUUUGGCCUAAAAUAAAACAAUUAUUAUACUCGUAUUAUAUAAUAUAUCUGUCGUAUAUUAUUGUUUUAAGGUAGCUUUUAAGUCAAAACUGACCUACUGUAAAACGGUGUAAAUAGGUAAGUGGAAUAACCACUCAAGAUUGAAACUUGUACUUAGAUACUAUCGAAAGAAUAAUUGAUUUGAAUUUUGGUGCAAAUUAAAAUUCCUAUUUCUUUUUUAUCUGAGAUGGUGCAAAUAACUAAUGUUAUAUUUAUUUAGUGUCAAUUUUGCUACAAAUUGAUAGAUUUCUAACACUAUUUUCGCUGAACUUAGAAGUAUAAAGUUCCACUCUGACGUCAUGUUUUCGAAUUUCCGAGUUCAUCUGAAUUGGGCUACAAACAAUAUAAAAUUUAUAUUUUAUUUGAUAAAUAUUUCCGCAGACUUUGAAAACGAUUCGGAUGGAAACGAUAUUAUUAAAUCGACGUCGUGUGAAAAUAGCAUUUCUUAUAUGAUACUCUACUUAAAAAAAAAAAAAAUAAAAACCGAAGGAAAAUAAUAAUACCAAGAGAAAAGGCCAUUUUGGAGUUACUCAUGGAGAGAAGGGGUGAGAGAAAUGGCGUUAUCAAGAUUUUACUGACGAUACAAUAACUGUAAAAAGUCGACGGAAAAAAAACCCCAAAAGUCGAUCCGAGUGAGAUUUAAAGAAAACCAAGUAUUGGAAAUUGUCUCGAUUUUUUUUUUUUUAUGUAAUGAAUAUAUAUUUGAAUACUCUGCACGUCGAUAAUAUUGAAAAGUAAUAUUUAAUUUAGCAGUGAUACCGCUUUGACGAUAACCGUUAUAAAAGCAAUGAAAACUAAAUUGAUUACAUGGACACAUUAUUUUGUUUUUUUUUUUUUGAUCGCAUGAAUGAAUAAAUUAGCGAUUAUCUACAAAAUUUGCUUUUGAUAUUUUUUUUUAAAAUUCUGUUUUUGUUUUUCAAUAUUUUGUUUAAACUGCUACACCUCAUAAACGAUAAACUGAUAUUUAUUAUGAUUGUACGCAAAUUAAAUUUGUAAAAAAAAAGCAAGUAUAUUUCGUUCUCUUUUUCAGAUCGGUGAUUUGAAGUUGCUAUUUAAAUAUUGAUUUAUUUAUAUGUUGCAUUACGGAAUUAGGAUCGAAUUUAGAAUAUUCAGUAAAAAAUAGACGACGAGAUUUUUGCGCUAUUGGUCAAUAUCGCUAUAAUAUUUUGAUAUACAUUAUAUUAGAUACGCUUAAAAACUAAAUAAUAUAUUUAUGUAUCAUAGGCCUGUGAUUACGUUGUCUUUAAAAAACGCGUAAAAAAAAAUCAUCUGACAAAAUUUCUCAAAAAUAUUAAAAAAAAAAACAAAAAUUGAAGGGUUUUGUAAAUAAUUAGACAGUUCCAUUUUAAAAAAACUGUGUUAUAAAGUUUAAUUUUUAAAAUUCAUUAUUCUUUAAAUACAGGUUAAGGAUUUUUCUGAAUAAAUUUGCAUUUAGCAUUUGUACAUGUAAUUUGUUCAUGUCAUUUGUUCAAUGACAGAUUUUGAAAAAUGAAGCUGUCUGGUUGUUGCACUUAACCUUUUAAAGUAAUUUAAUUAUUAUACCUUUUUAUAACUCUAUAGAGUUAAAUAUAUGAUUUUAACACUUAUAGUUCUUUAACGACGUUAUCAUACGUGACUUCAGUAGCGAGAUGUUCCAUUAAUAUUAUCGAGGUUGGUCUUUUUGACUUUCGUGUGUCAUACUAUUGAAUUAUUUUUAAAUUUCAUUUUUAUAGUAUAUUUAAUUUGAAAAAUUACAGUUCACGAGAGCAGCUUAUGAACACUAUAUAGUUAUAAAAGUUGAAAUUACUUUAAAUAUACGUUGGAAAUUAUCAUAUUUUGAUAAUUUGUGUAGUCAGCUAAAAGAGGUUUUUGUUGUGGAUCAAAUAUACGAUAACGCAUGAUAUUUAAUGUCACAUAUGAGAAGAAUAUUUUUUCUAAAAUUAUUCAGUUUGUGUUUAUUAUAUAGAAAUAUUAAUAAAUAAAUUAUGGUUUCCUCACCCCCUCCUCCCCCAAUUGUUGAUGUUCGUGAAAAACGUUUAGUGAGAAGGAUAGUGAUAGUUAAGGCAUACGGGGCAAUUAUAGAUGGAAUAUUUCUGUAUUUUCGUUACAUCGUGAAAUUGAUUAUGCAUAUCCAUAGUACAAUUAUUGUGGAUACCAAUCGUGAUCCAUAUUCAUGUCAAUCUGAUAAAUUGAUAAAUAAUGAAAAUUGCGUAGGUAAAUAAUGACGUCGUAUUAUAUCUUCCAUGAAUGCCUCUUUCCCCCCUCAUUCCACAAUUUUCUCUGUCGCUCCUGUCACUCGAUAUCGGUUACUAGUUUUUUUCCCGUAUAAACCCAGUCCGCUAAUUAGGUAAUAUACGUCUAUAUGAUUUGUAUACGUCUAAUUUUAUUGUACGUUCGAAUUAAGAAUUUCCUCGACGCGACCCGCGGGCGGGCUACCGCACACCUUACACACACAGUGGUCACGUCUGUAUCUGAAUGAUAGCCGGUUCGUGAUAAAAUAGAAAGAAAAAAAAAACAACACGAAUCGCCCUGUAUACCGCGUAAUACUAAUACACGAUACCGUCACACGGAUGAUCCGUUAUAUAACUAUUAUGACACAUCGUCGGUGUCGGCCGCGCGUGUAUUGAUCGUAUAAUAAUAUUAAUAUAUCUAUAACCUAACCGUGCGCGUGUGUAUGAAAUGAAUUAUUAUUGUAUAAUAUUUUAUUAUAUUAUAUUUUUUUUUUUUUUAUUUUUCCCGCGCGCAAAUAAAACAUCCGUACAAUAAUACGCCGGAGACCGCGAAAAAUCGAUUUUACCCGUCGUCUUCGUCGUCGUCACUAUAUCGCCUACAAUGACAUUAUAAUAAUGAUUGACCCGCGUGUACGAUAAUGUGAAAUCUCUCGUUCGACAACAACGACGCCGACGUUCGCGGUGUCCGCGGUAUAAACCGCGGCGUACCUAUGUCUACAGACUCCUCUCCGCCGCACACGCCACCCGUCGAAAACCGCUCGCCGUUCGACCCGGUCGCGAUAUUAUUAUAGCUACUAUUUUAAUAACGGACGAGUCAUGUCAAAUCGUCUUCGAGACAUCGUCAAAAAAUAAUAAUUACACCAUAGUAGCGAUAAUAAUAAUAACAAUAAUAACUAGACGUGCUCGUCUCGGCAACUAUACGACCUGAAAAAUAUUGGUAAAGCAAAGGAAAUGUAUCGUUACUUAAACUACAACAACAUGUAUCUUAUAGUUUGACAACAACGAUCUUAUUAUCAAUACUGAGAAAACAGGUGUUUCCCGACCUUUUAUCAACAUAACAUAUCCCAGCCAAUAACACGUGACUAAUUAUCAAUUGUAUUGAGAAGAAAAAAUACACUUAAAAUAGAUUGUUAAUGUAAAAUAUAUGAAUCAAAGAUUACCAGUAUUUAACUUUGUGAGAUAAAUUCAUUUAAAUAAUGUUUUUUAAUUACCUUCUAAAUUUACAUGCCAUAAGAAACUGGCGCUUAAGCGUUACAAUAGAAGCGAUGGUAAAUUAUAAUAUUUCACGCUUUGCCGUAGUGUGUGUGUUCCCCCUCCCCCACUAUCUUUAAACCACUUUUCGGCCAGAAAAUUUACUGCUAACAUCGAUUGAUAGGGGUGGUAGCGUGUUGACAAUUUUUUCUAGUUGGUGUAUUCGGAGUUUCAUAUAUUGAUUUUCAUUGUACUUUUUUGAAUAAUUAAUUAGUUUCGCUUUAUAAUUGUUAUUUUUUUUUUAUUCUGGUGACGUAUUCUACAAUCGUCAGUUUAAAUAUAAUAUAAGAUAAAUAUAUAAUCGAAAACGCAAACAGAAAAAUUAAAAAUCUAUAUCGUCAGAGAUUUUAACUAUAAAACCUAUUCAAGCCAAUUUUAUCAGAUAAUAUUUUUAAUUAUCUAAACUCAAACAAUUAAUUCGCAUAAUGUAUAUAAAUAUGCACUGAAAAAUUAUCAAAUAACGGAUAAGGAGCUUAAAACGAAAAAUUAAAGUUUCAUUUUCGGAUUAUUUAUUACAUUACAUUAUUUAAUUGCGUACUUGGGAAAACAUAUUAUUGUCAUAAAUCACCGGAGAAAAAAGAACUGCGAGUUUGAAAUCCGGGCCCCAAAUUGUUAUGAUGACGUAUCCUGUACGCAAAUUAUUUGUGCGACCGGCCUGUAUAUUAUUUAAACACCGGAUAUAAUAUUAUUACAACCAUUAUUAUUAUUAGAGAAACACGAACCGAAAAUUCCUUAUUUUCUCGAGAGAUUUUCCGAGAGGUUUUCGUAGAAAACUGUUUAUAGGUUAUUACACGGGGCAAAAUGACGUAUGUUUCGAUCGCUACCAUAUUAUAUAUAAUAAUGAUACGAGUAUAGUUAAGUACUUUAAUUUUUAGAGGAUCCCGUUGCUGUAUACAGCGACGACGAUGGCAAUAACAAUAAAUUACUUCCUAUUUCGAUUAAAAUUCUUCUGCCGUCGUCCGCGUAGCUUGGGGUCGGCCGUAGAACCCGCGGUCAGUAAUUUCGCCUUAUAAUAUACACUGCAUGGGUAUAUAUAUAAAUUAUCGUCGAAGGGUUGUAAUACGAUGUAAUACGUUAAUUUCGCGGUGCCGGGUCUUGGCGAGGUCUAUACUAUGAACGAUGGUCGGACUCAAUAUCUUAUAAGUAUACAGGUAAUAUAAAGUCUACUUGUCACCAAAAAAAAAAAAAUAAUAAUAAUAAAAACCCCUGAAAACGUUAGGUCUAUUAAUUUGAAUUAUAAUUUUUCUACUCGGGUCGUAGACAGUUAAAAAAAAAAAUCUGGAAGAAUAUACAGCACGAUUCACUAAGCGAGCUCACUCCAUUUUUUCGCCUAUAUUAUUCAAAUUUUUGGAAUUUUUAAGUGUAGUUAAAGCCGAGAAUUUUGAAUACUUAGAUUUUCCAAAACAUUUAAAGAGUAUCUUGUAGUGCCAACAACUUGAGUUUUUCAAAUGGGAACGUAUAUAAAAAAAUUCCAUAAAUAGACGGAGUAUUAUGAUAUAUGGAGUGCAAUUUCAGAGAAGAAGAUUUAUGAGAAAAUGCAAGAGGUAGGUAGAAGAAGAUUUGGAAAGCCUGAAGGUCUAAAACUGGAGAGAGGUUGUUUAAGGUAUGUGGCGAAGAGUAUUUAUGGAUGUAAAAACUCUUACAUGUAGAGUAUAAUUACAAAAUAUAGUCAAAUAUGCCCCUAAAAAAUGCUUUUUAAGUUCUAGGGAAAUAAAACCCUUUAAAAUUGACCUAAAGACAUUACAAAUUCUCUAAAAAUGGAAAAAUGCAAUUUAAAGGUUUUACUUUUCUAGUUGUUAUUUGCUUAACAUUGGUGACACACAACGUUUAUUAAUACUAUAAUAUAUAAACACUAUAGAAAUCAUAAAUAGGACGAUUAAUAAUCUUUAUUGACAAAUGAUACCUAAAAAAUAUAAAAAAAAAACAUAUGAAAACAAUAUUUCUUGAGACACUUCUUUGAAUUAAUUCAGUUUAAAUUAAUAAUUCGUGUAACGUAUUAAACGCACUUAAAAAUGUAAAAAAUGGUUUAAAAAUCAAUGCAUAUUGAAAAAUACAAAUAAAAAAUGUACAAAAGUAUUACUUUUGAAGAAUCUGUUAUCGUAUUAUGUACUCGGAAAGCAAUGGUUGGGAUCAACAAAAAAAAAAAAAAAAUUAUUUUCAUUGCAAUCCAAUCAUAAUAUUAUCACUAAGAAUAGAUACCUACAGAUUUUGUAAGCAGUCACUUUUUCAAUACAUCUAGCCACUAACGUCUAGUUUUAAAAUGAAAUUGUGAAGUAUAACAAACCAAAAAUAAUUUAAAAAAUUGACAUUUAGAAUUAAAUUAUACAAAUAUUGUUGGAGCACUGUUUUGUUAUUGACAAGUUGUCAAUUAUUACUUUGCAUGAUAACCUAAUUUAAAUUUAAGAUGAAUUCAUUAAGUUUUAAAGCUAACGAGUUAUAAAAUUAGUGUGAAUAAGUGUACAAACUAUUAUAUCAAAGGAAUAUCUUAGCGUAUUAGUAAUUACAUAGCAUUUGUGUUCGUUAAAUAAAUGUAUAUAAGUAUACACAGUAUACUUCAUGUAUUUUUGUAUAGUUUUCAUUAGUAAAACUUCAGAUUGUAUUGAAUAUCGUCAGUAUAUGAGUUCAAUAAUUCAUAUUAUAUUAUUUGAUAAGCGCAAAUUAUUAUAGUUAAAAAAUGCAAAAUAAAUCCAUUUUAAUCUUAAAUUUAUGUUUGUAUUUCAGACCCGCCGAUUGGACAACCGUUGUUAACGCUAGAGAAACGGCACUACACCAUCGGAGACACGUUAAAAGGCAACUGCACGUCACCGCCGUCCAACCCACCAUCAAACGUCUCGUGGUACCUGAAUGACAAAUGGGUAAGACAAAACAUUUCAGAAUAG